GGUAAUAGUAUAUACACAGGAACAGAUUGGUGACAUUUUCCGUUACAAGGUGCCCAGCUAUAUGAGAGAAACGAACAUGAAGCUGAUUUUUAUUUUUACCUUUGGACUUUGUGUUGGUGAGUGUGUGACAUUAUUUCUCGUUAUUUUGAAUUGUGUAUUAUCUAUAUACCUCCCCGUUCCUGGAUAGAGAGUUUCUAAUGUGUCUGGAGGUGGACAGAAUUACACAGCCGCUUGAGAACAAUACAAUAAAAGAAAGUUCUAAUUAACCCCUUAAGGACCAAACUUCUGGAAUAAAAGGGAAUCAUGACAUGUCACACAUGUCAUGUGUCCUUAAGGGGUUAAUUAAAAAAAAAUUGAAAACAAAUCACUGGAAAUCAAGCUAAAAUAAAAAAUCAUUGUAUUUAGUUUUUUUCUUUUACAUGUUUACUUCUAUAUCUAAAUGUGUUUGUUUUUCUUCUCAUUUUAUUUAUGGUCACAUUAUCUUUGUCUUUAAAGUGGAUCUGGUAUGAGUCCUGUGGCAGUGGGGUGUGGGGUAAGAUAGGUCCUACUUAGCUCACGCCGUCCUUUGCACUCGCCUCCAUCUCUCUCCAGCUUUUUCUCUUCGGCUAAUGUUGCCGGAGCUGUACUCUCUGAGGUCUAUGGACGAUAACGUGGGACUGCGUGAGCCACCAUAAAUCCAAGCCCUAUUCCGGCAGCCACCACUGACGGUCGCUGGGAUGGGAGUAACGUUGACCCUACUUUGUCUUAUGGUGUCUUUGGAUUGCAUUGGACUUGCAGUGAAAUUCCAGCAGUUUUGAUCAGUAUUUAAUAAAGAUAAAAUCUUUCUGAAAUUCUUAAAAAUGACAAUCUGCUUUAAAAGCAUAUUAAAUUCUGCAGAUAAUGGUUUUAUUUCUAAGUCAGUGACCAGUCUGGUGAUUCCUGGAGACCUGAUUUCUGCAAGGAGAUUCAACCCCUUAAGGACUGAGGCAGCUGAACAAGUUCAGAUCAACAUAAAACGUAAACAAAACCUGGAAUUUGCGCUAUAUGUUUGUUCAACCGUAAUUCACCUCUUUCAUAUUAAAUGCACUCACACUUAUUAUACAUCAUUUUAUUCAGGGCAUUCAUUUCAUAUAAACUAUUUAUAUAUGAAGCAUAAUUUAAUGUGAAUAAAAUAUUAAAAAGUAAAAAAAUUAAGAAAUUUUAUUUUUCAAGUUUUGCAUGACAUUUUAACGGUGAAUGUCACGAUACUGUUAACUGUUACUGCAAUAAUAUACGCAUAUUUGUUUUCAGCAAUGUCUUACGAGUACAACGGUGCCCCCAUGUACAUGUUUUAUGGAGUUUUGGAAACUUAAAGGGGUCGAAUAUAGGGCCAUCCCCUUUUCCAUGUUUGCACAUUGAAAUUUGCCUGAAUGGUUUGUUGGACCUAUGCUGCGUUUGAGAUCGUAAAGCAACCCAGGAAUGAAAAUUAACCCCAUCAUGGCAUACCAUUUUAAAAAGUAGACAACCCAAAGUAGUCAAAAUGGAGUAUGUCCAGUCUUUUUCAGUAGCCACUUGGUGACAAACCCUGGCCAAAUUUAGUGUUCAUAUUUGUUUUUGGCAUUUUUCACCCAAAAUCUGCACUUUUACUGAUGAUAUCAUUGUCAUUUGUUUUACUGUUAAAAAAAAAAAAACAUAUUUGUGUUUAGCUAAGUCUCCCAUGUACAGCAGUGCCCCCUAUGUGCAGGUUUUAUGGUGUUUUGUAAAGUUAUAGCGACAAAUAUAGGGCUUGCAAAUGUAAUUCUCUGGACGUUUUGUAUUGGUCGUUAGGCAGGUCCCUCAAAUUAUAAUUAUGUAAAAUCCAUCGAUAAAUACAUAUGUAGAAUGAAUAUAUAUAUAUAUAUAUAUAUAUAUAGAUAUAUAUAUAUAUAUAUAUAUAUAUGUAUGUUUUAAGGCCAAAGGCCUGUAUUUGUGGGAAAAGUUUGUGCUAUAAAAAUCCAUUCUGUUUCAGGUGAUCUGGUUACCAUAGUUACCUGUUACUUUCAGUUUCGGUUCCCGUGCUGCUGCAGCCCGUUCUAGUACUGCUGGUCCCUGCUGAAGGUUUCCUCGGCUCCGGUCCUCCAGCUCCACUCUCCUCGUCUUAGAUUAAAACUCUCCUAUAAUAAAUUAUAUCUAACAUACAGUACCACAUGCUCAAUAUUUGGCCAAACAGACACACUUUCUUAUCAUACACGAAAAAAAAAAAACAUUCUUCAGGGUAUCCAAAAAUAUAGCAUAACCCAACCACAAAAAAGAUUACCUAUUGACAGCAACUUAUUUUGCUCCUUAUCAUACCUUCUAGACUCAUCUCCAAUCAAACUCCACUACCACCAAUCUCUGCCUAAAAAUAUCACAUAUCAAGAAACAUAAUAACUUCUAUCUACUUUCAUUAACCCAUACCCAAAUAAGCCAGAUGGGCCAAACCAUUGACAUUCCUGAUUACCCUACACAUAACAAAUGGUGUCCGGUUAAAACACCAGACAAAUAUCUCAACUACAUACACCCCUCCACCUCAAUGACUACUAACUUUACAUGGAGCACUUAGAUGAAACAACCAAGCUAAUGACAACAACCCUUAUAUAACUCCUAAAAUCACCACCCACUAGGAAUGUUUAACACCUGGGUAGGCCUCUGCUUAUUUGCAAACAAUAGCUAAUUAACCAGCAAUCAACAGCAAGUAACUAGCUUAAUCAAAUAUCUUACCAAAUUACCAACAGGAAAUCAAACCUUGUACAAUCAGUAACCUUUUCCUACAGAUAAAUCUUACCUGUAACAGUAGACUUUUACUUACUACACAUAAGUUCAUGCUAUACAUAAGAAUCUUAUUCAUGAUGUCACGGUUUUCACCAUGCCAUACCAUCUGGCAGGCGUGGUAGUCCCAGAAGUGCCCAACAGGGGAUUUCAACCUGCAUCCUUUGCUGUCCUGGGCCUGCUAUUCUGCCAUUCAGCCACAGCUGUUCCUAGUCUUUGGAAUUGUUCUAGUCCUGUUAAUCCUGGCUUGUCUGCAGCACUGGAGGCUGGACUUCGUCUGUUGCCUGUACUUCACCUGAGACAGAUCAGUCAUCAGCUGGGUAUUUAAGCACUGCCUCACCCUGGGAACAUGAUCAAGUCUUUGAUCCUGGUUUAUGUGUUCAGUUCUUGUGUUCUUGAACUUAUACUCCAUAUUGACCCCGAUUUCUGUCUUCGUUUAUUCUGAUCUCUGGCAUCCCUUGACUUCGGCUACACUUCGUUAUCCUGACCUCUGGCAUCCUUUGACUUCGGUUAUCCCUCGACUAUCCUCCAGUUUGUGUCCUUGUCGGUACUGCAUUGGAAUCACCUUUCCCGCACAGCCCCCUGUGCACAGAUUUACAGUCCAGGUGGCUUUUUACCUGGUCACCUUGGACUGUGUCGAUCUGCAAGGGUGAGCAAACAUAUCUCCGCUAUAGACUCCAACCUCAGGUAAGAUUCCUGACUCCUACCUGAUAAACUAUGUAGGCCAUUCAUUUAGAAUAGGUGCAGUAUCCACCGCCUUAAGCAGAAAUAUUCCUGUACACAUCAUUCAAAUGCUAGGAUGCUGGAAGUCAGCAGCCUAUUCUCUAUGCAUUCCUCAACCAGAGCAAGAACUUUAUAAAGCAAGCAUUUAUAAAUAUGACAAUGUCAAUGCCUAUAUUUAAAUAUUGUUGAUUGUAAUAAAUAUGUGCAUGGUAUUCUCUAUUUUUGCGAUCUUUAUUUUACAGGCCUACUUGUACGUCGGUUUUGGCACACCACGACCGGCUUACAUAUACUCAUGUGUUACGUUUAUUAUGUUUUACUAUUCUAUGAUACGGCCUUGGUGCCCCGAACACAAAUGUGAAGGCAAAGCCUGAAGUUGUAGGAGGGACUUGUACCUCCCCCUUUUUUUAUUUUUUAUUCAAGUUUUCAGGUGUACACUCUGUGAACAGACAAAAGAAUGUACUUUUUACGAAUAUAGAAUAACAAAUAGAAUAACAUAAUAACAUAAAGGAAGAAGUGGGUGGGGGAAAAGUAGAGGAGGAAGAAGUUAUCUUUACCUUUUCCAUGAGGGUUAUAGAUCUUCUCAACUUGACCAUCUAUUUGGUGAAUGUAAAGCCAUCUUCGAAUUUUGAGUUUUGGGUAUUUUCCAUUGAGGUCAAAAGCCUUGACAAGAGAAUACCAUGACAUACAAGUUUAGAAGGAUGGGCAUAGCCAGGGCUGGCCUUAGGGGUGUGCGACAGGGCGCCAUGCCAACAGGGGCACCAGGCAACCGUCACAGCUUGCACAACAAGAGACCACUGGACUACCAGGUCAUCAGUAUUCACCCAUCCCUGCCCAAAGGUAUGCAAGAGGGAGGGGGGAAGAAGGGGGGAAUCAACAUUAAUUUAAAGCCUUAUCUCAUUUAAAGCCUUAUGUCACCAACCCUUCCCACAAAUUCACACUAUCCCACCCUUACUGUGUUACCUACACACACACACAACAUAAUCUACUCACACAAACACCCCCUAUAAACACACUAUGUUCUCUACACACAUACACACUAGAUAACUCACAAACACACUAUGCUCCUGCCACAGUUCUUGCCACAGCAAACAGAUGGCCAGAUGUGGUCACCCAUGGAGUUCCCAACAAGGGACUUGAACUGGGGAACUUCACAGUCAUGGUCCUGCUUCCUUCCUCUGAGCCACAGCAGCUUUUGUAUUUCUAUGUCAUUCUGGUCCUGUUCAUCCUGGCAUGUCUAUUACUCUGGGGGCUGUACCUUGACUUUGGAUGUGUUUCACCUGACCCUGAUCAGACAUUAGCAGGGUAUUUAAACUCAGCCUCGCCCUGUGAUCAGCAUCAAGUCUUUGAUCCUGUUGUGUGUUUUGUACCAGUGUUCUUGUCGUUUGAGCUGCUACUUGUUAUUGACCCCGGCUUCUGACUACGUUUACUCUGACCUCUGGCAUCCCUUGACUUUGGCUACUCCUUGUUGUUCCUGUCUUCUGGCAUCCUUUGACCUCGGCUAUCCUUUGACGAUCCUGCUGUUUGAGUCCUUGCCUGUCCUGCGACUUGGUACUUCAUCCUGCACAGCUCCCGUGCACAGACCCACAGGCCGGGUGAAUUCUUACCUGACCACCUUGGCCUGUGGCUAUCUGCAAGGGUGAGCAACAUAUCUGCGCUACAGACUCCCAACCCAGGUAAGACCCUGACAGCUCCCUAUACAUACACACUGCGUAACUUGCACCCAUACACACUACAUUCCCUAUACACACACAAAUUAUGUUCCCUAAACAGUUAAGCUUCCCCCUUCGCAAUCUCACUAUCUCCGUUCGCAUAGUUUGCUAUAUAUGAACCACCAUUAGGGGAAGCGGUAAUCUCCCGGACGGGAUCCGUAAGCGGUUCCAAACUCCCGAACAUAAAUCCACGAACUGUUGCUAGUCGCCGAACAAAUAUAUCCACCAAGCGGCUUGCCAGCAGUCAGUCUCUAGUCGACAGUAAUAAAUCCCACCAAUAAUGAGACUACGCUCCGCAUUGAGGGUAAAACAAGAUCUGGCUUUACUGUGGGCUACCUGCCUGUAUUUAUGCAGGUCUCCCACUUGGUGGACACUCCCCUAGGGGACCAAAUGGGAGACUGUGAUGGCAGAUGGACACAUGGACAUUUCUGACAUACAGGCACAAACUUUUCCCACAAUGCAAUAUGGUUUCCUCCCCUCUGCCCUGGAGAUAAUUGAGAAGUAAUUCAAUUAUCUCCAGGACAAAGACAAAUCGCCAUCUUAAGUAAAAUACCAGAAAACAUACAAAAAAUGCAUAAUUCCACAACUACCGAACAUUUUACAUUCGUAUCACAUAUCCCCAGAUAGCCUGGAUCUGAGGGCAUAUUAUUAGCGAAUAGCGAUCAGAACCAAUAUGCAUAGUUCAAUCGCCAUGGAGUCAUAUAUUCUUACAGUCUUUCGGUAUGCGAUUGACUCCAUGGGAAGGCUAUCUGGGUUAAGUCUCUUCAUGUAAUUCAAAACUCCCGAACGGCCGGUGUUCGCAUGCUUUCGUCGACGGAGAAGGGUGACCCGUUGUUUCAGCGGUGUUCGGCAGAAAAAGUGUCCGUUUUUAGUUCCAUGAAAUCAAUGCCGAACACCGCUGGUCUUUCGUGCGAUCGUGCCUCAUGGUCGACAUGCGAACGACGACCACCCUGUAUUUGGUUUUAAUUGACAUGUGUCUACUGUUAACCACAACGUUCUAAUUGGGAUCAAGAGGUUAACCAGCAGCACACUUCUAUUCUGGGUGGCCGUCCGUUCAGUAGAUUUGUUCGGUGAAAAAGUCCACCAUACGCAUGGGCUAUAGAAAUAAGCAAUUUCCACGAAAGGAAGGCAAACCAGACGAACCCACAAAUAAUAAUCAUACAGAUGGUGUAACAGCACCCUCAGCAUAAAGGGGUUAAACCGCCAUUUAGUAGAUCUUCCCUUCCAGAGACACAGGCACAGCUACUGCAGAACACCAAUCCGCCGAACAGGAAACCAUAUGAAUGCCGUAAACAGCCGAAUAGGAAAAUCCAUCCGAAUAGGUUUAAACUCCUAGCAGUGGAACUGGAACAGUAUACAAUAAAUCCCACCAAGAACGAGACGAAGCUCCGUGUUGAGGGUCAAGCAGUGAACAAUCAGAGCUGUGGGUUUAUUGUGCUUAUGUACACAUUCUUACACAUUAGUACCACCCACAGGGUUUUGGAACACAACCAAUAAACACAUACAAUACACUCAGACACUCCCACACAAAUUCCUCCCCUCUGCCUGUGAUUCAAUUACCUUACACAACGGGUAAUGUAAUUAUAACAAGCAGAGAAAUACAAUUUUUCCACAUUAUUCAUAACUUGAAAAGUAUGCAUCACAUUCACUUACAUUUUCAGAAUCAGCAUACUCCAAAUACAAACAUAUGUCAAAUUCAUACAAAUUGUUCCAAUGGUUCAAAAGAUAGAUCGUAGUUCUUUGUGACCACAGGAAGCAUGGCUUUUCUGCCCAAAACCAGUUCCACAGAGUCUUUUAUCCUGGAGAUAAUUGUGAAGUAAUCCAAUUAUCUCCAAAGACAGAGGCAAAACUCCAUUGAACACAUGGCAGCAAAAGACAAUAAAACACAUAAAAACAUAUAACUGUGCAGCCAUUGCACAAAACAGGUACAUUCAAAAUAUCCCCAGAUAGCUCAGAUCUGAGCGCACAUUAUUACUGAAUGGCGCUCAGAGCACACACAUACAGUUCAAUUGCCAUGGAGCCAAAGUCUUUCCCAUAGUCUUUCAUUAUACGAAUGGGCUCCAUGGCAUAGCUAUCUGGGGUAUCACCGCUCAAACAGGGCAAGCACCAAAUGACCCGGCUUUCGUGUCUUUGCAGGGGAAAAUCAAGCGUUUCAACAUAGGGCCAUAGUCUAAAGGCAACAGGCGAGCAACCAGGCUUCUCCAAUGCAAUGUGGCGAGAUUGGUCUCGUCACAGAUGGGUCUGUCACAAUACCUAUAUAUACACACACACACACACACACACACACUACAUCCCUAUCCCACCCCACAAUAUUUUUCCUACACACACUGCAUCCCUAUUCCACACACAACAUAAUGGCAUGGCAACUUCAGGGAGACAGGACACUCUUGUUAGAAGUUCGUUUUUACUCCUAAUGCUAGAGUGUUCAUUCACAUAGGUUUGUUUUUCCCAAAUCUAUACACGUGGGAGGAAUUCUUCUAACCCAUAAUAUAUGUCUAGAAUUUUCUGCUCUUUAAAAAGACCAGAAAUUGUACCAUAAUAAGUACAAUUUAACAUGAUUUCUGAGAGUAAUAUUUAAAUAUAAAUGUAUAUUAAUAUUGGUGUAUUAUUAUUAUUAUUAUUAUUAUGAUAUGUGUUAUUACACCUAUAACAUUUACAAAUGUAUAAAUAUACUUGCAUAUGCAUGAUAUGCCCAGAAAUCACAUUAAUACAUAAUGGAGGCUUAGCACUUUUUACAAGAUGGAUGAGGGCAUGUGACCAUGGAGGGGCGCUGUGACCAUGGAGGGGCCCUGGGCACAGAUUUGGGACUCUGUUUACAAUAGUGUCGAUCUGCUGAUUAUUAGUUUUCAGGAUGGUGUUAGGAAGAUGAGUGUAAUUGGAUCAUAGAUAACUAUUCCAUUGUGUCCAUGCUUCUUUCCAAAAUUUGGUGGGGUUUGAUGCUUUUUGGGCCAUCAUUUUAAUAUUUUUUUGUGGUGGAAAUUUAAUUUGAUAAAUGAGUGGAUGGUCGAGCAGAGUUUUUUAGUUAGUGUCCACUAAUAGUAGUAAGUGCUGCUAAUAUUAGAUGAUAUAUUUUAAAUAAAGUUGUUGUUUGAGAAUUCCUUCACGGCACAUGAGGAGUAAGAAGGUCUCAGGUGUUACAGGUAUGCAAGUGUUUGUGCAUCUCUGGAUUAUUUUGUCCAUGUACACCCAGUAUUGGGAUAGUUGGGGGCAGGACCACCAUUUGUGAAGCAUGGAUCCAGUACCAGCCUGGUAUCUCCAACGUGCAUAUGAUUUCUGGGGGUCAAAGUGUCUUAAUCAAGUGGAAACCAUAUACCAGUGGUAUAGGAAUUUCUUGGAUAGCUCUAUAUGGGAGUUGCAUAGGGUCAGACGUUUGUGUGCUUGAAAUAUUAUUUAUUGUUGGGAAUCAGUAAAUGUGCUUUAAGUCAUUUUCCCACUUUUGUAAGGAGGGAAUUUGUUUAUUAGGUGAAUAGCGGUAUUCUGCCACAUAUGGAGUGGAUUUGAGUUUAAUUGAGGUUUUAUCCUUAGACAACAUUUUUCCACAUUUGACAGUUGUCAUCCAUGUACAUUGUGAUUGAUUUAUCACCCUGGCUGGGUACCUCUGCCAAGCUAGCUGGAAACAGUAAACCUGAAGAAACGCUGCAGCUUAACUGGGGUCCUUCCGGAGCUUUUCCACCCGACCAGGCUGCAGCUCCAGACAGGUAUUGUCCCCUCUGCCUAUUGCAUUCCUUCUUGUGGGUAUUGUUCCCUCUGUUUAUUCCACCGCUGCCCUUCUUCCAGACAGGUAUCCACCUCUGCCUGCAAUAUGAUUUCUAUUGCCUUUAAAAAGGCACUUGUGGCUCACAGGCCUCGCUCUCUUGAUUUAUCACAGGGCUAGAGGGAUCCUGCAAUCAGCCAAAAAGUCCAAAGACUCUGUAACUGCGAUCCCUAAAAACCACAAAGGACACCAGUUUCUAAAGGAACUAACAUACAAAACUUUAUUUUUACUUGGGACUAGCCCAUAGAUUCAUUACAUGUAGAUUGCUGUGACAACUUAAAUAAAAUACAAAUAAUCAAAUCAUAACAGAAAACAUACAGUAACUUAUUAUAACACAAUGACAUAAUUAUUGUCUUUCCCAAGCUCUUAUAAAUAACACAAAAUCUCUCUCCUGUCUGCAGAAUCAGGAAUAUGCAAAUCUACUAAAAUAUGCAAAUUAGCAAGACUUGCUAUUCAGGUAGGUUAUAGCUGUUGCUGCUAUAAACAGAGGGCGCUUUACAGGCUCCAAAGCCAAAUCCUCCUAGUUGGUGGCAAGCAUCAGCAAAACAGGAGAGCACACAAACAAUUCACAAUAAACACAUUACACACACCCUGCACCUACAAUGGGCAAAGAGUGAUUUUAAACAUAGGAGGGGACCUAAUAGAAGUGUCCAUUUUAUGUUCCCAGUGAUGGUGGCAGUAGCGGAGUAGCAGGUGUUAAUCCAAGGACUCUCCGCUGGAAACAAAGAUUCAGCAUACAAAAGGUAUAAAUCAAAGCAUAAUCCCUUUCCCCAAGGACUAGACGACACAUAGUCUGGGAGUCAACUGGCUUUUAAUGCACAAGCUCUGCUUUUAUGUGUUUUUCCCUUGAAAGGGAGGCAACUCUCAUAAUUAUUACAGUAUCCAAUCACAUAGUUGGUACCUCCCCCACAUCUCCUCCCCUUAGCUUAACAGUUAACCUCAUUAAAAUGUACACACUUUUCCCCAAUUCUUGGAUGUACCCCAAAUAUAGGGGGUACACCUUUAAAUGAGGUACCUCCUGAUAGCCCUGAUCUGGGUGAGAAACAUACUCAAAAAUCACCCAGAUCAGACCAGAGGUUCGGGAGUUAUUGAGGAGCAAAGAUUUGACCGACCGCACGGGCACAGUAGCCGAAAAUAGUUCCAUGAGUUCUGGCCCUGCGGUCGGUCUCUGUUCACACUUAAAAAGUCCCGAAAGUCUAUGCCAUCCAGUGUUAACUUUGCAUUCGGAUGAAUCCCCUGGUUCGCGGGAUUCAUCCUACCGAAUGGCGGGCUGUUCGUGGGUUUCAUUCAACACUUUCUGGAGCCCUGGAGGUCUUAGCGGGGCUUGGUUAGUCGAGUGUCCGAUUUGAGUUCCAGACACUCGACGACCAAACACCGCUAUUCGUGCGUAAGAUGGCCGCCGCCACGUGUUCGGCAUGCGAAUGGCGGCCACACACGAAUCCCACUUAACAGCCUCUGCAACAUUGUUGCCUUUCGGUAAUGAGGGGCACACGAUCACAUCGGGGUGGUCCCUCAUUCAGUAUUUUACAUCGUUUUCUUGAACAGGGCAGUGAAUAUAGUUCGGGAACCGAUUGCCUGGAGAUAACCUUCCAAAUAGCAAUACGGCCAUUUUAUAAGUCCUGAUCACAGUUCAUUCGUAUCCCGACAGUCUCUUCCCAGUUCUUUAGUGGCUAGGUUUGCCACAGUGACUACCGUCACAUACAUCAUUUUUGUUCCACACAUAAUGUUAAUGCCGCCAAGAGUUGCAGAUUUAAGUUAAAUUGAUGAUAUAGUGGUGUUUUUUUAGUGCUUCAGACUCAUGAAGUUUGCCCUUGUGAACCAGAUGAUAUAAGGAGGUAAUGCCUUAUUUAUGCCAUAUUUUAAAAUGAAAAUCUGGAAUAAGGGUAGAGAGUGCUUCGAUAGGUAAUGCUAGAGAGAUAUUUUGGCUGUUUUGUAUUUAUGUCUGUACCUGUCCCAGUGUCGGAGUGUAAGAGUGUUGGUGUGAAGUAUGUUUGGGUAUUUUUGACAUAAGGGCCUUGGCUUCCAUGCUAAGGAAGGAAAGUUGUCCUUCUGUAUGGCAAGCCUCUAUGCGAAUCCAAGAGGAUGAUUUGGUUUAGUAAAGGCUGAGAGAAGGCUUAUCGCUGCUUGAUAACAAUUUUAUAGAUUGGACAAUCCCUUGCUUCACAUUGUGAAGGAUCUUUACAGGGUUGAAACUGGGGCUCUGGGUUGUUUCCCACCCCAGAUGAAGGUAUUAAGGAUGGUCUGGGCUUUGUUUACAUAUGUUCUAGGUAACUAAAUCAGAAGGGUUCUGAACAAACAUUGAAACCUUGGUAAGAUUUUUUUGAUAGUUUGAUAGCCGCAAUUCUGCCUAACCAUAAAUCUCACAAUAAUAUGACUAAAUCUGCGCAUGUGUGUUGUCUUUGUUGAUAGGUUUGAUUGCUGUGUAGUGUGUAUGUUGGCCCUAUGUGAUUAUUUGUAAUGGGUGCAUUUACUGUGUGUGUAUUAGCUGUGUAUGAUAUUUGUGAUGGGUAUUUAAAUCCGAUAUAAAUAUGAAUGUAGGCCCAUGUGUGAAUGCAGAUGUGUAUUUUUGCAGUGUCACAUACACACAGGUCCAAAGUCAGAUGUACACAGCUAUACACUGUCAAAUAAAGCCAGUAGCACACAGUUCCAGGCAAAUAGUAACAUACACAGUCACACACACAGUUACAGGCAGUUAUACACAGUCACAGGCAGACAGUCACACCCACAGUUACAGACAGUCAAACCGUUAUGUGACAAAUGCUCCUUCCCACAUACAUUUGUCAUGGACUCCUGGAGGAGUGUGGAAGUCGGCCUCCUGCUCACUAACUAUGGUCCAAGUCUGGGACACCGUUUGGGAGUUACCCUGCCACCAUUAUCCGUUUUACCAGAGUGGCCCUGGUUUGGCACUUUCCCUUCUUGCAAAUGGAACCGAACUCUAACUCCCUGGCGGACGUUCACAUAAACCAAACCCACGAAUAGUCCUCAGCAGGACUUAGCCAUGACCACUAUGGAACAAAUUUCAUCGUGAGGACUUUGUGGUUUACCGGUCACCUCAGUGGGACUUAGACACGAAUGUUAUGGAACUGUUUUCGGCAUGAGGUGACUGGACAACUUGGUUUGCGACUUUGAAAUCCACAAGGAGAGCACUUUUUGGAAGGAAGGUGCCUGAGGCUAAGGGGAACAAACGUUACCUAAGAGCCAGGUGGAGCACCCCGUAUUGCGGCUGCAAGUGCUCCCGAAAGUUGACCAUCAAAAGCACCAAACGCCCUGGAAUUAUUUUGGGCAUAGGACCACGGCCGGUCAGAACUUUAACACGGUGGCCUUUCCCCUACAAUGCAUGGAUCUGAGCGCUAUUUGGAGAACUUGGGUGCACAGCUAAGGGCUAUUGAGGAUAUUUGUGGGGUUAUUUUAUGUUUUUAAAUAUUUUUGGGUACUUUUAUGUUUUUAUAUUUUUGUGUUUGGCUCUCUGUUCCUAGGAGAUAAUUAGCUUAGUGGUCUUUAACGUAAUUAUCUCUCAGGCCCAGGGAUUCAUGGGAGGGGUUUGUGCUGAAUACAGUGAAGACCCCCUGCAGAGUUUGGCUCAUUAAAAUCAGUUGUACUCCUAGAACUAUGUGAGGGGAAGGGAAAGGGCUAAUCACUGCACAGCACCUUGUUCCAGCUCAUGGAGGAUUCCUUGCAAGGAAUAGUGCUCCCAUGACUUUGGUUUGUCAUGUUCCUGGGAGGGAAUAAAGCUAGCCCCCUAUCCUGUUCCAGGAUGGAGAGGCUGCUGGAGGACCGCAGUCAAGCCACGGCGACUGGGGCAAAAGCAUUGAGAUUUUCCCUGGUUCCAGCUUGGAAGCGAUCCUUGGUGGAGGUACCCAGCCAGGGUACAGGGAGCUCCGCUACAAGUUACAUGCAGACAGCCACACAAUUAGUUACAGUCACACACACACAGUCACAAGCAGACAGUCACACACUUAGUUACAGCCAGACAGUGGUACACGAUAGUCACACACAUAGUUACAGUCACACACACACACAGUCACAAGCAGACAGUCACACACUUAGUUACAGCCAGACAGUGGUACACGAUAGUCACACACAUAGUUACAAGCAGUAACCUCUUUCCAUUACAGGCACUGGGGGAAGGAGUGGAAGCAGUGUCCAGUGGUUAGGGAACAGGAACUUCUUCCUGCUUCCCCCUUAGUAUGCAGCAGUAACCGGGCAGUGGAUUCAGGCAACAUUUAGCUCCACCCCCAAUGCUCAUUAAUUUUGUCCCGCUGCCUUGUCAGCUUCUUUACUAGACCCAGAUGAAGGAUAAUAACAUUCUCAACCUGGGUGCCGCGCAGCCACGCUUGAUACACGGCCUGCAGGACAGGGUGCCCCGCAUGUCUGUCCAUGUGCAAGCUCUAUUGGCUGCAUGUCGCACACCACUGUCCGGUGUCCUGUCUGUCUCUCUAUCCAUCCGGCAUUUUUAUGGCAUUAUAGGAUAGCGCCAACUCAUACAUAUUUUGUCCUGCUUGAAAUUAGCAAUAGUUAAUUAGAGAAAUGUAUAUUGGAAAAUAAGCUAAUAAGACUUAAUCAUGGCGAUCCUGUCUCCCCAUCUCCUCUUCCAGCAUCUCACUUUCGGGAGAGGAACUAAAUUAAAGCUGCAGAUGGUUUGUAAUGUUACUCCCAGUAAGCUCUGUCAAAUCAAUACUAACUCUGACCCCUGAAAAACCAUCUAGUAUAACAUAAUGGUACAGUGUGUGUUAUGUAUCUUGUGGUUUUAUAUCUGUGUAUAAGUAUAUAUAAUAUCCCCUUAGUAUUUGGGUAGUUUUUAAAGUUAUCAAGUGUUAUUACUUGCAGGAGGAGGUUCGAAUGGGAUGAAAAGUGACUCCAGGAAGAAUCAUUUCCAUUGUCAGUGUGAGAAAUGCAAAAAAAAUUAUGAGGCUAAAGCCACAUGCGGAGAGAUUCACUGCUCAUUUGAUAUGAGAGGAACUAAGAAAUGUGUGUGUGAAAAUAUAACGUAUAUGGGCUCUGUUAUGCAAGUAUGCUGCAAAGGAAACACUUAUAUCUGCUUUAACAACAAGAACGUGAAAAAUGCAGGUUAGACUCCCAUGUGGACAAUAGUUUUUCAUGAUGCUAUUUUUUUUUACAUUCUUUAUUUAUUCCAAGACAAGGUAACAAAACAUAAUACCAACAUAACAAUGUUAGGUUGAAUACAGUCAUAAUUGGAUAUAAAUACAUUAUUAUCGGAUGUCAACUUAAAGUCGGUGUGAACCACCUUGUGAAUUAAAGUAUGGUUCUCGACUGGAUAUAGUAGUCGCUACUGCGUAUCAUGCUGUAUAAUCUGUAUGGAUAUUGUACCUGGUGUUUAACAUUUAUUGUAAAACUUAAGACAACAAUACAGACUUCUCGUAAUAUCGUAGAGGAGUUCACAUGCCCGAGGUAAGUUUCCCUUAAAAGUAUAGAAUUAUCCAGGCACGCUAGUAUUCCGGCUGUUAUAUGCAUUCCGUCCUUCAAUUACGGCUGCAAGCCUGCACUGUUUAGUUUAUCCUAACAGAAGAAAGAGUAGAAAGAAUGUAGAGUGAACAUUCUCUCGAGAGAGUAGGAGAAGGGGAAAAAAAACGGGGGGGGUAAGGGGAGAGCCGAGGAGAUCCGUCAGUAGCUUUAUUCUCCGGAGGCCAGCGGAACCACGCCCUGGUCACACACAAACACCAAGACUAUCCGCAGACCCGGAAGGGGAGCCUUCAGGAGUGGUGAAAACUGCAAUUCUGCCGCGAGGGCGGUGCGGGUGCCCAGGAGCAGGUGAGUACCCGGGCGUGCCGUGACACCACCAGAGUAAAGUUUUGACCGAACAACAAAGGUGCCUCACUUAGCACUGUUUUCAAACUCUGGAAGGCAACCUCGCACUCCGGGGACCACACUACCUGUCUGGGAAGGGACUUUUUUGGUCAGGUCAGUGAGGGGCUUGGUGAGGGCACUAUAGUCAGGGCCAAAUUUGCGAUAGUUGGGUCCUGCAUCCAUAACGAACAGUUUACUCAAUGUUUAUCAGAAAUGCUUGAUUGACGGCAGUCUGUAUCUUAUCCUCCAAUGAUGAAAUGGUGGAGGCGGAGCUACACUCUGCUUUAUGGUAUACUCAGCCAAUCAUUGUCCCAAUCACUGCACAAGGCUAUAGAUUUAAAUGAUAUGGUGAAUAUUUGCAUUCAAAUUGUGAUAUUAUAAGUUGGAUGUAGUAAAUGAGAAUGUUAUUCUUUGACCUCAUUAAGGGUAUCUUAGUAGACAUUAUACGGAUUGCCUGAGAACUGCUGUGCCUCUAUCUAGAGAAAACCUGGUUAAUUAAUAGAACACUAUAACCACAAAAGCAAUUUUCUUAAUGGAGCAGUUUUGGUGUAUAGAUCACACCCCUUUAGUCCAGUCUCGCUGCUCAAUUUUCUGCCAUAUAGGAGAUAAGGGAACACUCUAUGCACCAUACCCAUUACAGUGAGCUAUAGUGGUUAUGGUGUCAGGUGCCCCUCCAUUGUAAUUAGUCUAACUGUUUUUGAAUGGUGUGACUUUUUAUCUGAGUUUCUCAGCCUGAGCCUAUACUGUGAUUAGCCAGCUUAUUGGCUUCAUGUGAGUCCUGCGCCACUGGGCUUAGCUCAGGCAGAUCUUCUGACUGUCACUGAGGAUGUGGUGAAACCAGAGACCAACACCAUUUAUUGGUGUAUACAUAUUGGUGUUCACGUUGGUCAUUCAGCUAUAGUCACAUAUCCCCUGGCUGUGAGGGGCAUGAUAGACACCAAAGCUGCUUCAUUCAGUUAAUGUUGUUUUGGUGCUUAUUGUAUCCCUAAGAGUAAAUUGUGUUGCUUCAACAUUUGUGUGAUCUCUUCUCUGAUAACAUGGGAUACAGCCUGGACCUCCAAAUAAGAAGAGGACAAUGCCAGCAGCUUCUAACUGCAGAUGAGCAGUUCAUACUGAGAUGAUUCCCUUGAUAACAUGAGUUUGAAUUUAUAUUCUCUUUAUGUGGAUUCUUAGCAUUAAGACUUAGCAUCGAGAAGGUUUUCCACAAUUUUAAUAUGUUUUCAGUGUUUUCAUUGAUGAAGCGUGAUCAUAGAUAUUGGUGGAUUCUGCUGAAUUUCUUCUCUCUAGUUACUAAGACAGAACGCAAUCUAAAAUAAAUCACAAAUGUGUACUUUUGCCUUUUUCCUUUAUUUUUUUUCUACAAGUUACGCAACCAGAGACAACUGUCCCUUCACCAUUCCCAUCCUACGAAAGUGAAAAUGAAGAGAUGGAUAGCAGCAAAGAAUGUAAAGAUGACAACCAAAAAUGUAAAGAUGGCAACGAAGAAGAUAAUAAAGAAAAUAAAGAUGUUAGCAAUGGGGACAAUGAAAACAAUUCAGACAAAGGAGUAGAUAAUAAAACAACCAAUGAACGGUAAAUAUUUGUCAAUUACUCGAUGACAUUCUGCAUGGUUUUUAUGUUAAGUGGUUUAUGGUUAAAUAGAAUAAAAGCAGAGGUUAAUAUUUUACAAAAGGGAGAAUAACCAAGUUAUUCAGUAAAAGGAAUUUAAAGUUUAAGGCAAAGUAGUUGAAUUGCAAGCAUAACAAGACUUAAUGUAACAGUUCCUUUAAAUGGUUGACUUCACUUUCCAAUCUUUCACUUUAAGAGUUUAAUUGAAGUUCAUGGAUCCACCUAUUUAAACCUUCAACUUCAAUGUCUCAGUGCACAAUUAAUGUGUCUCUACCAGUGUGCAGUUGACACCUAUUUAAUUGGCUACAGGUACCGGUCUACCAAGUCCCAGUAACUUUUCUAAUUCCCCUCAAAGUUAAAUCCCAGUUGAAUUACUUGCCUAUUAAUUGUUACCGACCUGGAUUGGACUUUAAUGCUUCUAUUGUACACCCCUUACUUUACUUAAUACAUGUUGCUGAACUGGAUUGGAUUUGACCGUUCUUUUGGAUAUUCCUUUGGACUGAUUUACUGUUGCCAAACAGGAUUUUCCCAAUUGUAUUCAAAGUAACUGUAUUAUCACCUAAACAUUGCUCUCAAUACGGGCGAUUUAUCCUUUAUUCUCUCAGACUGACCUCUCAUACUGGCGAGUAGUCUGUAUUUUUAAUUUGUUUGACAAAUAUAUUGUUUGAAAUAUUAUAGAUUAAUUGCCAAAAAAACAACCUGUCAAACCCUUUUUUAAAUGGAGACUAUUUCCUCUAUACAGACUUUUCAAGCCAUACAAACCAGAGUUGGAAUGCUUGCACAAUCUAUCCAAGAAGUCCAUUUAACAUUAAAUUAUAUUCAAUUACAAGUUGAUAUGAUAAGCCAAGGAUUUACCCCCCCUACAAAAUUCAACGGAGAUAGACCCUCAUAUAGAGGUUUUAUUUACGAAUGUAAACUUAUGUUUUUUUUUUCUCCAGCCAAAAACUUUAAUGAUGUAAAAGUUAAAGGAACACUAUAGUCACCUAAAUGACUUUUGCUAAAUAAAGCAGUGUUAGUGUAUAGAUCGUUCCCCUGCAAUUUCACUGCCAUUUAGGAGUUAAAUCACUGUUUCUGUUUAUGCAGAAUUAAUGUUAAACAGAACUUGCAAUUAAGAAAUCUAAAUAGGGCUCUCUUUACAGGAAGUGUUUAUGGAAGGCUGUGCAAGCAGGGAGGUGUGACUAGGGUUCAUAAACAAAGGGAUUUAACUCCUAAAUGGCAGAGGAUUGAGCAGUAAGGCUGCAGGGGCAUGUUCUAUACACCAAAACUGCUUCAUUAAGCUAAAGUUGUUCAGGUGACUAUAGUGUCCCUUUAAAACCAUUUCCUUUUUAAAGGGACCCUGCCAAAUGGGCUUAAUAAUUAAUUGAAUCUAAUGGUCCUUGUUUAUUAGCUUUAGAUCAAUUAUUCAUUGAAAUGAGAAAAUUAUAUGAAGAUGAAAAUAAGACACUGCAGAAACUCAUACAUUCCUUAAAACCAGGAAAUGUUGAGGAAUAUAUAUAUAUAUAUAUAUAUAUAUUUUUUUUAAUUUAGAAGACUUUCAGCUGACACAUCAUGGAACGAAUCUGCACUUAAAAACCAAUAUCUGAUUAGUUUAUCAGAACACCUUAAAGAUGAAUUAGCUCGAAUUGUUGUUUCCUCCUCCCUCUAAUUGAUUUAACAAUCCAAUUAGAUCAUAGAAUUAGAGAGACGUUCCCAAACUUCUCUAUAUAUCCCAAACUUCUCUAUAUACCAGACUGCCUAAUUCUUUAAACAAUUCUUAAUCUUCUCCAAUUAACCCUAAACCUGAACCUAUGGAGAUUGGUUCUCACAGGAAACCAUUAACAGCCAAAGAAAAAUUUAAGAAGGAAGACACUUAAUUUAUGUAUAUAUUGUGCCUUUUCCUAUCAACUCCCUGAUUGUUCCCUCAUUAAACGGAACAAGAUUGGAAAGUCCACCAUGCUUGUUUCCUCCAAUUAUUAUAUUUCAAAGAAUCGUUUUUCAAUUCUUGUUAAUGGAGAAUAAGCAACCUUUCAGUUGUAAUUAACUAAUUGCUAAAUGCUAACUUUUUUAGGUUUUUACCAUUUUGGCCACAUCUGCGGAGUACCACAGUGGUUUCUUGAAUUUUUUUGCGUUUACUGACAAGCCUAAUGCAAUUUUCUGUUGCCUUCAGUAGUGCAACUUUUAAAUAAUCCCAUUUCUCUUGGACUCCAUUUAAAUUGCUCCAGUCUGAUAAUGACUCCUCUACACAUUCUAAUUUUAGAAAAGUCUGCUUUUCUAAAGUCUAAAACUUUUGUUUUUGUGUGGUGUGACUCUGUCACUGUUCUUAUAUUAAACCACACUGACUGAUGAUCACUGGAUCCUAAACUUUCACCUACAGUAACAUCUGAUACCAAAUCUCCAUUUGUUAACACUAAAUCUAGUAUGGCCUCUUUACGAGUUGGCUCCUCAACAACUUGUUUUAGGGACAAUGUGAGUUGGGAGUUUAGAAUGUGUGCUCCUGGGACAAGCAGCUAUUUUUCCAGUUCACAUCAGGAAGAUUAGUCACCCAUGAUAAUAACCUCCCCCUUUAUUGUCAUUUUAGCUGUUUCCUCAACUAGUAGAUUAUCUAACUCUUCAAUUUGUCCUGGGGGCCUAUAAAUCACAUCUGCACAAGUUACUGUGUGUUUACCAAAUUCUCACAUAACCCAAACGGACUCUAUGGUUUGCCUCACUAACUUUUAUUAGGCUAGAUUUUAUGCUAUCCUUCACAUACAGGGCCACCCCUCCCCCUUUCUUGACUUCCCUAUCUUUCCUAUAUAAAGAGUACCCUGGUAUUGCUAUGUCCCAGUCAUUUUUCUCAUUGUACCAUGUCUCCGUAACAGCGACUAAAUCUACACUAUCAGUUGCCAUUAUUGCCACAAGUUCAUGGAUCUUAUUCCCUAAACUGCGAGCAUAUGUAGACGUGACUCUAAGGAUAUCAUUUUUAACACACUUGCUACUGGCACCUUCUGUCCUUGUUUUGGGGGACAAUUGGAUUGAUGUUUUAUCACCCUUUUGCCCCCCCUCCUAGUUUAAAUACAUCCUAGCAAAACCUCUGAACUGCUCACUGAGAACAUUUGUUCCCUUUUGAGAAAGAUGCAAACCAUCUUUUUUUUUGUACAGGUUAUUUCCAUUCCAAACAGAGCUACCAUGAGAAAUAAAGCCAAAUCCUUGCUCCCAAAACCAUUCACCAAGCCACAAAUUAAAGUCCCUAAUACGCAUCCGCCUGUCGUUCGGAGUGUUAUGCACAGGCAGAACUUCAGAGAAUUACAGUGUGGAAGCAACCUGCCGUAUAUCAUUGGCAAAAAAACUAAAAACGUCCUUAACCUCUGAAACCUCAUUGCAAGCCAAGUAAUUUGUCCCUAGAUGGACAAGUACAUCCAAUUCCCCUUCCUGCUUUGCUCGCUUAACAAUAUUACAAAUACUUUUCCUGUCUCUGAGCAGUAGCUUCGGGAAGACAUCUAACAAGACCACCAUUGUCCAUCUCCACACCUCUUAUAAGAGAAUCCCCCAAAGACAACUGUUUUCUAUUGGGCCUCACCAUAGUCUUCAAGCCUGUCUCCACAACACCGCUACACUUGGUGCCUGAGCCUGUCUCCACAACACCACUACCCUCAGUACCUAUGCCUGUCUCCAUAACACCAUUACACUCUGAAAGUGCAGAAAAUGAAUGUAGAGUAACUGUGCAAUAUGCUUUUUUUUUUUAUCCAUGUGACGAGACUAAUCUCUCCACAUUGCAUUGGAGAAGCCUGGUUGCUCGCCUGUUGCCUUUGGACUAUGGCCCCAUGAUAAAACUUGUAUUUUCCCCUUGUGCCUUUCUGCCAGGGUGUUCGGUAAAUUCUAUGUACCGAACAACCGCAUGAAUGACUGGACCGCCUGGGAGCUGGAGUGUGUCGGCAAUUUACCUCCCAGAAGCUGCGGUUAACCGCAGCUUAACUGACAAUUACUGGGUGGUCGUGGUUACACCUAGCCGCCACACGAAGGCGGUGUUAUGGAAGCUUCCCUGGUAGCCAGCGCUUGUUCUACUCAGCGGCAGGACACCAAAAGCAGACACUUUAGCUUCCAAGACCCGCUGAGGCUGGAGGUCUGCAAACCCGUUCGGGAACCGAACAACGGAGUAUUCGGGACUUUUAGUGUUCUAAUGUAUUCGGUGUAAAAGUACCCAGAUAGCCUGCCAUGGAGCCUGUUCGUGGAAUUAAAGACUUUGGCUCCAUGACGAUUAAACUGUAUUCGUGUGGUCUGAGCGCCAUUCGCUUAAUAAUGUGCGCUCAGACCUGAGCUAUCUGGGGAUAUGUUAAAUGUAUAUAUUUAUUGUAACCUUUCUAAAAUGGGAGAUUUUAACAGUAAUUCCUGUAUUGGUAUCCCCACGUGCAUAAUGGCGAUUUGCCUUUGUCCUGGGAGAUAAUUGAAUUACUUCUCAAUUAUCUCCAGGGCAGAGGGGAGGAAGCCAAGAUGCAUUGUGGGAAUAUAAUGUGACUGUGUGUUCUGGAUUGAUGCUUGUCUGUCCUUUUGUUACAGUCUCCCAUUUAGUCCCCUAGGGGAGUGUUCACCAGGUGGGAGACCUGCAUAAAUACUGCUUGACCCUCAACACGGAGCCUUGUCUCGUCUUUGGGGGGAUUUACUGUAUGCUGUUAGAGACUGAUUGCCAGGAGUGUAAGCCGCUUGGGUGCUUUUCCUAUUCGUCUGCUAGCAGCUAUUCGUGAGGUUCCAGUUCAGGAGUUUGGAGUGCUACUUUGUAUGCAGUUCGGGAGAUUGGAGCAUUCCCUUAUAUGCGGUUCGGGAGUUUGGUGUUCUACAGUAGCUGUGCCUGUGUCUUUGAAAGGGGACUAUCGCCUAAACGGAUUUUAACCCCUGGUGUGCUGAAAUGGUCCAUUACAAUCCACAACUCUAAGUCUGCCAUUCCUAGUAUGUCUCUGCGGCAGUGGCUUUGCAGCAGUUCCAGCCUGAGUUUGUUCACCAGAUAAUUUACAAAUCUCAGACUUCAAAAAAUACAAUCUCCUGCCGCAAGAUAGAGAAUUGUCUCCAGAUUAGACAACAACCAAACCUCCAAAAAGUGGAACGUGAAACAAAUGCAUAGCAACUAUUACACUGAACUAAAUCUGCCAUUUUAAUGAGGUGAAUAAUUUAAAUCAAACAAAUCUAAAAUUUUUAUUUAUCCUCCUGACGACCUCAGAAUAUCUCCAAUCCCACACUUUGAAGCAGCACUUAGAAGCAGCUGCCAAGCUCUAUUAGCAAAGCUAAUAUCUACAACCCUUUUAUACAUUCCUAAAGGCACCACCCACUAGGAAUGUUUAACCCCUUAAGGACGGAGCCAAAUGUACACAUUGUGAACAAAACAAAAUGUAAACAAAACCUGGCAUUUGCGCUACAUGUCUGUCCAACCGUAAUACACCUCUUUCAUAGUAAAUGCACCCACCCUUAUUAUAUAUCAUUUUAUUCAGGGGAAACAGGGCUUUCAUUUAAUAUCAAAUAUUUAGCUAUGAAACAUAAUUUAAUAUGAAAAAAAUGGGAGAAAAUACGAUUUUAUUGGAUUUUUUUAGUUCUACAUGACAAUUAAACGGUCAGUGUCAUAAUACUGUUUGCUUUUACUGCAAUAAAAUACACAUAUUUGUAUUCAGCAAAGUCUCACGUGUAAAACAGUACCCCUAUGUACAGGUUUUAUGGCGUUUUGGGAAGUUACAGGGUCAAAUAUAGCACGUUACAUUUGAAAUUGAAAUUCGCCAGAUUGGUUACGUUGCCUUUGGGACUGUAUAGUAGCCCAGGAAUGAAAUUUACACCCAUAAUGGCAUACCAUUUGCAAUAGUAGACAACCCAAGGUAUUGCAAAUGGGGUAUGUCCAGUCUUUUUUAGUAGCCAUUUGGUCACAAACACUGGCCAAAGUUAGCGUUAGUAUUUGUUUGUGUGUGAAAAAUGCAAAAAACGCCAAUUUUGGCCAGUGUUUGUGACUAAGUGGCUACUAAAAAGACUGGACAUACCCUGUUUGCAAUACCUUGGGUUGUCUACUAUUGCAAAUGGUAUGCCAUCAUAGGGGUAAUUUUCAUUCUUGGGCUACCAUAGGGUCUCAAAGGCAACGUAACCAAUCUGGCGAAUUUUAAUGUGAAAAAAAUGAAACGCAAGUCUUAUAUUUGACGCUGUAACUUUUGAAAACACCAUAAAACCUGUACAUGAGGGGUACUGUUGUACUCGGGAGACUUAGCUGAACACAAAUAUUUGUGUUUCAAAACAGUAAAAAGUAUCGCAGCAAUAAUAUCGUCCGUGUAAGUGCUGUUUGUGCGUGAAAAAUGCAAAAACUUCACUUUUACUGGCGAUAUCAUCGUUGUAAUACAUUUUACUGUUUUGAAACACUAAUAUUUGUGUUCAGCGAAGUCUCCCGAGUAGAACAGUACCCCCCAUGUACAGAUUUUAUGGUGUCUCGGAAAGUUAUAGGGUUAAAUAUAGUGCUAGCAAAUUAAAUUCCCUUUACUUUCAGCAUGGGUUGUCAGGCAGGUCCUGCUAAUUGUAAUUAAUUAAGAUACCUAAUUAUGUAAAAAUAUUACAUAAAUAUAUAUGUAGAAAUAAUAUAUGUAUAUAUAUACGUAUGUAUAUAUAUGUAUAUAUCUAUAUAAUUUUUUUUAAAUAUUUUUAUUUAUAUAUAGGUAUAUAUAUAUAGUGAUAUAUACGUAUAUAUUUAUGUAUAUAGAUAUAUAUAUUAUUUCGUUCUACGUGUAUUUUGAUAUAUAUAUAUAUAUAUUAAUUUCACAAAACAGUUAGAACGAAAUAACACACAUCUAUAUUUUUUUUAUUAUUUAUUUUUAAUUAUUUUUUUAAUUUUAUUUUUUAACGUAUUUACAUUUUUAUUUUUUUUAUAUUAUAUAUAAAUAUAUAUAUAACAAUAAUUAUAUAUAUAUUUAAUCAGUAUCAGUCUACGUGUAAUUUGAUAUUAAUAUAUAUAUAUAAUUAUAUAUAUAUUAGUAGUAAAAUACACCUAGACGGUGUAUGUGUGUGUAUGUAUAUGUGUAUAUAUAUACUUAGAUCAUAUAUAUAUAAUAUAUACAUAUGAUCUAAGUAUAUAUAAUUAUUUUUUUUUACACCAUUAACUUAUUUUUAUUUUAUUUUCAGCCAGCAGGGGGACCACCUGUCAUUACAGGCAGCCCCCCUGCCGGCAAUACAGAAGCCAGCUAUCCCCGGCCAUGUGAUUGUGGGUCCUCGCUAGGACCCCACUCUCACAUGGCCGGGGGGCUUCAACGAGGACGGAUGUGCCGCGGGGGGCUCCCUGGGAGUCCCCCCCACCGCGAUCGCCGGCGUGGGACCGCCGGCGACCGGGUAAGUUAACAAAAACCGGAGGGCGUACAAUUACGCCCGGCGGCGUUUAGAGCCGCCUAUUAGAGGGCGUAAUUGUACGUCCUCCGGUUUUAAGGGGUUAACACCUGGGUAGGCCUCUGCUUAUUUGCAAACAAUAGCUAAUUAACCAGCAAUCAACAGCAAGUAACUAGCUUAAUCAAAUCAAAUGCCUUAUAAUUACCAACAGGAAUUCAAACCUUGUGCAAUCAGUAACCUUUUCCUACAGAUUAAUCUUGCCUGUAACAGUAAAAAAGAAAAAUCUAAUGCUAAUUCUGUGCCUCUUGAGUGCACCGCUUAAUUCACAAUGUCUGUGUUAUGGACUUUACAUUUUGAGUAACAUUUCUAAUGCUAUUUGUGGUUUUGCGCCCAUAACUCACUGAGUUAUAGACUCUUUCACAGUUUAGCAAAUUACCUGGAUAAGUGACAGGGUCUAACCUGAGAGGUUAUUUCAUCUUGGAGGAGAGAGGCCUAAAUGGAUGUAUUUUUACAUUCACAUCCUAAAUGGAUGUAUAAGAAAUGCCUCCUACCCCUAAAAUUGGUAUAAUGACAGAAAGCUGGAGAUGGUAAUGAUAGCUUGUUUUUCACCAACAUAUGGGGAGAGGUAUUAGUAAAUUUCUGUAAACGCCAUUAUUAUAUUUAUAUAGCGCCAUCAAAUUCUGCAGCGCUUUACAAUGGGUGGACGAACAGACAUGUAGUUGUAACCAGACAAGUUGGACACACAGGAACAGAGUGGGUGAGGGCCCUGCUCAAUGAGUUUACAUGCUAGAGGGAGUGGGGUAAAAUGACACAAAAAGGUAAGGAUAGUAUUAGACUAGUGACAGUUGCAGAAGAGGAAUCAGUCAGGAGCUAUUAACAGUUUAAUUGAUACGCUUUUAUGAAGAAGUGGGUUUUUAACGAUUUUUUGAAGGCGUGGAGACUGGGUGAGCAUCUAACAGAGGAGGGAAGCGAGUUCCACAUGAACGGUGCAGCCCUCGAGAAAUCUUAUAAGCCAAACAUGAGAUCACUUGUGAUACAGUGGCUAUGAGGUGUGCUUGUCAGAACCCCUGACGCACAUUUCUCCAAUCUGGCUCAUCAGAUGGGAACCAGACAAGUGCUCAGUGUCUGGUUUAGAAAUGGGAGAAAAAGUUUGUAAUUGGUCAGUUUGAAUAUUGGAGCACCAAUGGGGCGUCAGGAAAGAUAGAGAUAUAUAAAAGUUUCUGAGCUCAUUAACCCUUUAAGGUAUAACCAGGAAGAAAUGGGUUUAUUUGUUUUAUUAACCCCUGAAGGUAUAGAACGAUGUAGAAGUUAAUUUUCCCAAUUAGCAUUGUGACAAGGGGUGUAUUUAAUAGCAAGUGAAUACUUUCAUUAGAUAAAAGUCGAUGAAUGUUAUCUUGAUGUUGUAAGACAAACUUUUGUUUGCAGAUGUUAGAGGGAAUUAAUGAAUGGAAAAGGUAAACAAUAUGAAUGACCACAACUACCUAAGUUAUAUGAAAAUAACGAUCAGCCGGUUUGCCGAAAGGAAGGAGUACAUAUGAAGAAGAGAUAAGAUGAGCUAGGGCUACAGAAUAAUGUGGGAAUUAUAGAUAAUGGCCAUAAGGGAUUUAGUAAAAUAAACUACCUGGAUUUGGGGGCCAUUGAGUAUUUGAAUUGUAAAUUAUAUUUUUAAAGGUAAGUAAUUGAUUCAUUGUGAUUUAUUUCAAUCACUUGGAAUUUUAAAUGAGUUGGAUCACUGCAGAGGGGGCCCAGGUAGCACACAGCUUCUUCUCUUCUAAUAACUCUCAAAAGACCCGGUUACCAUGGCAACGCUCCGCGGGUCUCGUGAGAGUUAUUACAAGAGUAAAAGCGGUGUGCUGUCUGGUCCCCCUCUGCGGUAACAGGGAGCUGGGGAGUCCCCCAUGCCACUGGACCACCAGUGAUGGAAUCUCCCUCCCCCCCCCCCCGGACACAGGGAGGGGGAAUAACAUUUAAUUAACUUAAUAUACACGAACAACACACUCUGCAUACACUAAUAAAAUAUACUCUGCAUCCAGUACACACUGACACACACUCUGCCUUCACUACACAAACAUCCUGUAUUCAAAGUACACACUACAUCCACCACAAAUUGAAACACUCUGCAUUCACUAUACACAGACACUGCAUCCACUAAACACAUUUAUCUAGUAAAUACACACACUACAUCCACUACUCAAACACACACUACAUCACUGUACACACACUAUAUCCACUACUCAAACACACUCUGCAUUCACUAUACACACUGCAUCCACAACACAAACACACACUCUGCAUUCACUGUACAAACAGUAUCUAAUACACACAAACACUACAUCCAUUACAUACAUUCUAAUUCACUUCCACUAUACACCCACCACAUUCAGUCCUGCAUCAUUGUCAGCGCACUAGGUAGGGCGUGGGCGGGCCCAGACCUUGUGCUUGUCAGGGGCCCCAAAAUUUCUGAUGGCGGCCCUGAGUAUGGAGACAGUGCACCCUUUUUCCUAGUGUAUUACGUUUCAACCAAAAUAAAAAAAUGCAGUGGUUAUGGUUGUGCUCACCUUUUUCUGAGCCAAUGAAAUUACAUUUCAAACCUCCGUGGUAUUUAAAGCUUCUAUUUGACUCUCAGAUAUGAAGUGCACCCCACUAAUGUACUAGUCUGCAGAAUUAUUUCCUAAUCUGUCCCUCACAGUGGCAGCAUCCUCUCCCUACACUAAUAAGAGCUCAUAUGCGUGCGGCGCUACGCGACUCCAGCUUAUAUAUAGAGGCUGGGUCACAUGCUGCACUGGCCAAUCACAGCCAUGCCAUUAGUAGGCAUGGCUGUGAUGGCUUCUAAGGGCACACGAGUCAAACGCUUGUUAAUUGGCUUCCCUGCAGCCUUUGAAAACGCGCCAUUAAAUCGCUGAACAUACAGUGAUAUGUCCAUGUUCGGGGUCCAAAAAAACCUAAUGUUCGGGUUCGCCGAACUCUACUUAUUACCUGUUGCUGAACCGGACUGGAUGUGACCUAUGGACUGAUUUACUGUUGCCAAAGUGGAUUGGACUUUAACAAACUUUCUAGAUUUUCCCUAUUGUAUUCAAAGUAACUGGAUUAUCACCUAAACAUUGCUCUCAAUCCUGGUGAUAAUCCUUUAUUCUCCCAGACCAACGUCUCAUACUGGUGAGUAGUAUGAGAAGUAGUAGUAGUAGUAGUCUGUAUUUGUUUGACAAAUGCAUUGUUUAAAACAUUAAAGUUUGUUUCCAUUUUUCGACUCUAAAUUCAAAACUUAAUUUAAAUUCACUUUGAAUAGUCCUGCAAGUCAAUUUGAAAUUGAAGGCCAAAUAGUUGAAUUGGGAAUCUCCUCCAAGGGAGCUGUAUGUAUUGCAUACCUCUGAGAGUCAGUUCCAGGAAAUGGUAAAUUGGUAGUCAGAUAUGGUGAAUUAAAAAUUAUCUAUUUAUUUUUUUCCAUAACUUGAUUUUACUACGUUGCUAUGUUCCAGAUCUCCUAAUCAAAAUGAAAGUUGGCUGAUCGCUACUCUUGUGAUUCUCCUCCUCUGUGUGGCAUUUGCUGUUUUAAUUAUCGUUCUGCGUAAACGCAUUUUCAAGCUUCAAGGUAAGAAACUGGGGAAAUGGGAAUCAGUGGAUCAUGUCCAGAGAUAAAAGCUUUUUAAAAAGAAGGCAUUGCUCCUACAAUAGUUAACACUCUCUGUGUGUAACAAUAUGUUCCAGAUUAUUUGACCCAUAUAAUGGCGUGUUUGCCAAACCGAGAGAGGCUGACACUGUUGCUGCCAAACUUAUUCAAAUUGCCAAGUUGGGAAAACAAUCUCCAGUAUUUUUUUUUUUUUUUCUGGACCAUAUUCUACUAUAACUGCUCUGUAUUAAUACAAUAUGUAUGUAUUGUCUCCAAAAAUAAAAUGGCAGCAGUAUUACUGUUCAACAUGUAUUAAACAAUAUAGGUAAUAGCUAUGGAGUAAUUCUAUUGACCUAUACUGGUUAAAGGAACACUACAGCCCACUCCUAAAUGGUUUUACAAGUUACCCCAGGAGGGCACCAUAAAUACAGCAUGCUUUACUGCUCAUGGUUAUCACUGUGAGAUUAUAUAGUAUGCAUGUGUCCCCUGAAUUCAAUAUUCUGCAAUAUAGAAUGUGACGGCAGAUAAGAACCAUUCGGCCCAUCUAGUCUGCCCAAUUUUCUAAAUACUUUCAUUAGUCCCUAGUCUUAUCUUAUAGUUGGGAUAGCCUUAUGCCUAUCCCACGCAUGCUUAAACUCCUUUACUGUGUUAACCUCUACCACUUCAGCUGGAAGGCUAUUCCAUGCAUCCACUACCCUCUCAGUAAAGUAAUACUUCCUGAUAUUUUUAAACCUUUGCCCCUCUAAUUUAAGACUAUGUCUUCUUGUUGUGGUAGUUUUUCUUCUUUUAAAUAUAGUCUCCUCCUUUACUGUGUUGAUUCCCUUUAUAUAUUUAAAUGUUUCUAUCAUAUCCCCCCUGUCUCGUCUUUCCUCCAAGCUAUACAUGUUAAGAUCCUUUAACCUUGACCAGUGUAUAGUCGCCAUAUGGGCAGUCGGACUCCAGGACAACCCUCCCACAUACCUAACCCAAUAAUGCACUGACACUCGGGUAUAUGGGAAAAUUUGUCCACAGCUUUAUUAAACAAUCUGAAUAAUAAUAACCAUAUAUUCAACAUAACAUAAUAAUAGUAAUAAUUUAACAAAUAACAUGGGUCAUUGCCCCCCAUACUCCGACCCUCGCAUCCGAUUCCUUCUGUUAAUAUAAAAGGCAAUGACCCCCAUAUAAAUAACACAUAUAUAUAACAUAUACCAACAUUAUUCCAACAUACCAACUUAAAGUGCCAACAUAAAUUUAACCAUGGCAGGGGUAUACCCGGAUACCCCUACCCCACCAGGUUCUGAGCCACCGACAGGACUCGAAACCUACCAACCACCAAUGACCACAGUUUUCCAUAUCUGUCACGUUCAUCCUAGGGAGCCUAUUCCUUCUCCUUCAGCUCCCUAUCCCGCCGCUGUGAAAAAACGGGAUAUCCCCUAACCAUAAACAAUAUCUAUAGGGAGGGUGGGCGGGACAAACUUAGCCAGGUAGGAAAUUAGAAGUGAGCUCACUUAAAAUGGCUGCCUAUUUAAAUAGCCCAGCCUACUUACCCAUAACUCCAUACUUCCUUCCCUCCUCCUAUGCCCGCCUCCUAACCCCUGUCAAGGCCCUUUUUCGCUUAGCUGUGCUUUGGCUGCAUGGGGCUACAUGACCGGUGUAUAGUCGCCAUAUGGGCAGUCGGACUCCAGGACAACCCUCCCACAUACCUAACCCAAUAAUGCACUGACACUCGGGUAUAUGGGAAAAUUUGUCCACAGCUUUAUUAAACAAUCUGAAUAAUAAUAACCAUAUAUUCAACAUAACAUAAUAAUAGUAAUAAUUUAACAAAUAACAUGGGUCAUUGCCCCCAUACUCCGCCCUCGCAUCCGAUUCCUUCUGUUAAUAUAAAAGGCAAUGACCCCCAUAUAAAUAACACAUAUAUAUAACAUAUACCAACAUUAUUCCAACAUACCAACUUAAAGUGCCAACAUAAAUUUAACCAUGGCAGGGGUAUACCCGGAUACCCCUACCCCACCAGGUUCUGAGCCACCGACAGGACUCGAAACCUACCAACCACCAAUGACCACAGUUUUCCAUAUCUGUCACGUUCAUCCUAGGGAGCCUAUUCCUUCUCCUUCAGCUCCCUAUCCCGCCGCUGUGAAAAAACGGGAUAUCCCCUAACCAUAAACAAUAUCUAUAGGGAGGGUGGGCGGGACAAACUUAGCCAGGUAGGAAAUUAGAAGUGAGCUCACUUAAAAUGGCUGCCUAUUUAAAUAGCCCAGCCUACUUACCCAUAACUCCAUACUUCCUUCCCUCCUCCUAUGCCCGCCUCCUAACCCCUGUCAAGGCCCUUUUUUCGCUUAGCUGUGCUUUGGCUGCAUGGGGCUACAUGACCGGUGUAUAGUCGCCAUAUGGGCAGUCGGACUCCAGGACAUACCUAACCCAAUAAUGCACUGACACUCGGGUAUAUGGGAAAAUUUGUCCACAGCUUUAUUAAACAAUCUGAAUAAUAAUAACCAUAUAUUCAACAUAACAUAAUAAUAGUAAUAAUUUAACAAAUAACAUGGGUCAUUGCCCCCCAUACUCCGCCCUCGCAUCCGAUUCCUUCUGUUAAUAUAAAAGGCAAUGACCCCCAUAUAAAUAACACAUAUAUAUAUAACAUAUACCAACAUUAUUCCAACAUACCAACUUAAAGUGCCAACAUAAAUUUAACCAUGGCAGGGGUAUACCCGGAUACCCCUACCCCACCAGGUUCUGAGCCACGACAGGACUCGAAACCUACCAACCACCAAUGACCACAGUUUUCCAUAUCUGUCACGUUCAUCCUAGGGAGCCUAUUCCUUCUCCUUCAGCUCCCUAUCCCGCCACAAGCUCAGACCUUGACCCCUUAAGCCGUCUGAGCUCCGCCACUCCGAAGAAAUAGCGCCUUGGUUAUUCCGUCUUGCCAACCCAGGUUCAGCAGGUCACAUCCCACUGCCGAAAGAUGAACGCCAUCUGAGCGGUAGUACCCCGGCAACCCGCCUUCCAACUCGCUGUGCCGCACUACUACCCCCCCAACUUCCUUAUGAAGCUUGCCAUCAAGCUAUUCACCUUCUUUCUACACUUGUCGAUGGCCACCGGGUCCCUCGCGUGCCGCCACCGCCUCCUCGGGAUAAUCUCUGACCAUACUAACAUUACUCCCGGAAGCAGGUCCCUCAAUUUGUUGAGGUCCUGCUUCAUCCACUUCACCAACCUCCGCUGUGGUGUUAGGCCCAAGUCAUUGCCCCCCGCAUGUAGCACCAGCAGGUCCGGCCCCUGCCCUCCUGCCACCAUCCGGAACACUUCCCGGCAAACUUCCCCUCAGCAAAAACCCCUAUACCCGAACCAUUGCACCACCAACUGGUCCCUUGAAAAGCCCAGCUGCUGGCCCUGAGCUCGAGCUGCGGCUCUCCUUUCGGCCCAGAAAACAAAGGAAUGGCCCACGAUCCAUGCAACAUAGCCUGGGGAAGACAGAAAAAACAGACACCCCCUUAUCGCCCUCCGGGAACCCCCGAAAAAAGGCCCGACAUAUCAUUCUAACAACCCCAACCGCACGUACGACCGGAACCGUACUGACUCCCACCUGCCAAUUCGUUUAACUACGUCAUCCACCAGACCCAACCUUGCGGCUUCCGUGGCCGCACCGAUGCGAAAGGAAUGCGUACCAAAGCUAUCCACCCGUAACCCCAUUUUUCCCAGGCCCCACCGAAAAAUCUUAAUAAAUUGAAAUCGGGAGAGGGAAGACCCAUCUGCGUGCACCAGGAGGGAUCCCCCAACCGUCGGCCUCCGGACCAAAUACUCUGCCACCGAGGCUACCGGGCACAGAACAGAGCCCGGCAGGGCCCGAAGUGUCACAUCACGGCCCACCCCCCGUGAAUCCGUCUUAGAUUCGGCCAGGUGAACCACCAAUUUCCCCCCUUGCAGCCGAACCCCGGAGACCUGUAGGCCCCCGGCCGCUACCCGAUUGGCACUCACCAACUCGCUAAUCCGGAAAGCCCCGAAGAAAGCCAACAGAAACGCUGUCCGAAACAGGGACACCUCAAACUCAUCAAAGCAAAUUCCAGGCAGCCCACUAACCAGAUCCCCCAACACCCGCACCGACACCGGGCGCCUAGUGUCUGGAAACCUGCGCCCCUUCCGAUAACCCUUAAGCGCCUGCCUGAUGACGAAGGACUUGGUAACGUCCUCCUUCCCAUGAAGCUUAAACCAGAAAGCCAUCGCUGCCAUGGACCUGUCAACCACUGCCGGGGAGGCCCCUUUUGCCAGCAAUUGACAGGUGUACCACAGAAACGCGUCCCGGAGUGAUUCCCCUUCCGGCACGCAAUCCGGCCCAGCCCAAGAUCGUUCCCACGAACCCCACACCUUACUGUAAGCGGCCCAUGUGGCCGGUGCCAGAGAAGCCUUCACAAGUCCCCCAAGCAGGACGCUCCCAGCCGCCAAAUUUCGUCCGGGCACGCCUGGCCCGUUUCCUGCGCCUCCGGUGCCACCGUCCGGAAUCGGGACCACUGAAAACGAGAGAGAGCGUCAGCCACUUCGUUCAAGUACCCGGGCACAUGGCGCGCGCGAAAGACAACAUUGCGGGACAUGCACAUUAGGACGAAGUGCCGCAGCAACCGGACCACCGGUUUCGACGCCGCCGACUGAUUAUUCACUGCGUGCACCACCGCCAUAUUGUCAGAGAAAAAGACCACCUUCCUGUCCCGCAGCCCUUCCCCCCAUAGAGCCAUCGCAACCACCAGCGGGAACAAUUCCAGGAAGGCCAGGUUCCGCAUAAGGGGGCUCUGCCCCCACGCCAGCGGCCACCUCUCCGCGCACCAUUUCCCACCAAAGUACGCCCCGAAGCCCACACUACCCGACGCGUCAGUGAACAGCUCCAGUUCUGUCACCGACACCCCUUCCUGCCGAAAGAACACUGUCCCAUUAAAGUCUCGCAAGAAGGUAUCCCACACGGCAAGGUCGGCCCUCAUGGCGGACGAUACCCGGAUGAAAUGGCGUGGGGAUUGCACCCCCGCCGUAGCUGCCGACAGGCUGCGGCUAAAAACCCUACCCAUCGGGAUUACCCGGCAAGCGAAAUUCAACAUCCCGAUCAACGACUGCAGCUGCCGCAGGGUGACUUUCCUCGCCCGCGCUACUGCUGCCACCGACCCUUUCAGCCCUUGCAGCUUUGCCAGCGGCAGCCGACAUUCGCCCCGCACCGAGUCAAUCUCCAGCCCCAGGAAACUAAGGCACACUGCCGGGCCUUCCGUUUUAUCCGCUGCCAAAGGGACCCCGAAGCACCCAGCGACCCACUCAAUAGUCCGCAGCAAACGCUGGCAAGCAGGAGUGCUUGCCGGCCCCACGCAGAAGAAGUCGUCCAAAUAGUGCACCACUGAUCCAUUCCCUGCCUCCACCCGUACCACCCAUUCGAGGAAAGUGCUGAACUUCUCAAAGUAUGAGCACGAGAUGGAACAGCCCAUGGGGAGGCACAAGUCCACAAAGUAUGCCCCUUCAAAGAAACACCCCAGAAGGUGGUGACAUGCCGGGUGGACCGGAAGCAGCCGAAAUGCUGCCUCGAUGUCCACCUUUGCCAUCAGCGCCCCGCGCCCGGCCUUCUUAACCAGCUCGACCGCCCGGCCGAAUGAUGCAUAUGAGACCGAGCACAACUCUUUGUCGAUAUCAUCAUUCACCGACGCUCCCUUGGGGUAGGAGAGGUGGUGGAUGAGCCUGAACUUCCCCGGCUCUUUCUUGGGUACCACCCCGAGCGGGGAAACCCUAAGGCCUUCCAACGGCGGUGCUGAGAACGGGCCCGCCAUCCUACCCAAUAAAACUUCCUUUUCUAAUUUCUCCCGCACCACCCCCGGGAACUCCGCCACCGACUUAAGGUUGCACCGCACCCCAGAUCCCCCCCUGUCCCGGAACGGGAUAAAAAACCCUUGCCCAAAGCCCGCCCGUAGCAACUCGGCGUCUGCCCUGUUACCGUAGCGGCUUAGCCAUGGCUCCAUCGCGUCUAGCCUCACCGGGGUUAAGCCCCGUGGCAGAGGAGUCCCCUCCUCCUUCCCCAACCGUAGCAGCGACUCCGGUAUGUCCUGACUUCCCCUUUUUGAAGCAUCGGUUAAGCCCGUGUGUGCCCCCGCAGCCGGAGCACUCGUGCUUAAAACGACAGGUGUUCCCCCAUUUGCACUGGCCUUCAUUGAAGAGCCAGCAUAAGCCCUUUUGCAAGGCGGCCGACGAGGCGGACUGCCCCUUUGCGCCGGCCGUGUGCUGAAAGGGCUGCGCCUUCUGCGCCAUCAUCAAUUUCAUCCAGAGGGGCAGGUCCAUUUGGUCCCAUCUCAUACCCGGAUUAGCCGCCAAGCGCUGCCGGAACUGCUCAUCAUACCGCCACCACGCCAGCCCGCCGUAGGUGCGGUAUGCCUCCCAAAUUCCGUCUAAAUAGCAAAACAGGGAGGAGCACGAUUCCGGCGAUUUCUCACCUAGGACACUGGCCAGGACGCAGAACGCCCUUAGCCAGUUGCCAAAAGAUUUCGGUAUCUUACGAUACCGCUUCUUUUUCUCCUCCUCCUCUUUUUUCUCGUCUUUCUUAUCUUCCUCCUUGAGGUCUAUAAACUCCUCUAAGGGGAGAAGGGAAAAGAUUUCACAGAAUUCGCCCUUCCAGAUCUUGUCUUUCACCUCCUGUUUGAGGUGCACCCCGAGCGACCAGCGAACGACACGUAUGCGUGCUGUCUGGCCGCAUCAGGGACCCCCCCACCAGUCAACUCCGCCCGCUCACUCGCUGCGUCCGCCCUGCUGCCAGCCGCUCCCGAAUCCCCGCUCGAACUCGGUUCUGCGGAGAUAACACCCGUGGCCCCUGUCCCCUGUGCCCACACCUGACCUACACCGCCACCCGUGUCACCCCCCGCUCCCAGCGAGUGGAGAAGUGUUUGUAGUGUGUGAAUCAAUGUACUGGAUUGCAACGAGGCACAGGACUCACCGGCCAAGCCCCCCGGUCUCCGAGCGCUGGGGGCUGCGUAGUCCACUGUAAUCCGUCCGGGAGGAGCGACCUCCGUUAACGACCCGCCGACCGGGGAGCCAACCCGGUGCCCAGCUAAAACAGAAGAUGACCGGCUCCGAGACCUGUAACGAGGAGAAGAUGUCCUGGGUAGGGUGUAACGAUCCCCUGUCACCCUCUCACCCCGACCCGGGGAGCGCCUGCCCUUCACCAAAGCCUCCCUCCGUGUGGUGCCCGUAGUCCGUGCUCCAGAGGCCUGGAUGGCCCCGCCCCGUGGGCUACGACUCCUUCCCCCCCAGCGUUCGGUCCGCCCCCGCCGACCAUGCCUGGGGGCCCUGACCCUGCUCCUGUCCGACCCCUCAGAGGUGGAACUGUCCUGUCUUGACCUACCCCUAGCUCCCCCAGCUCCCUGAUCCCUAACUGGGGAUGGGCUAAUGCUGCUAGACCCCGAGCUAGACCCCCCCUCCUGCCACUGCGCCCCAGCACCUGCCUGUCCACCCGGGCCAACCCCCCACCCCCACCUGGACGGGCUCCCCGGCCUACAAUACCCGCUUUAUCCAGCCUAGCCACUGCCUGAUCAACUAACCCCCCUGCUCCCAGGGGCCCCGACUGCCCCACAGGCCCAGGCCCACCCCUAAUCCCAGAGGGAGACCCCCUGUCUAAUCUUGUGGCACUGAGGGACCCCUUAGGCGCCCCUGACCUCUUCCCCCUCACUACCCGCCCCUUCUCCAGUACCACUGAACUACCCUGGGCACUGCCCACGACCCCCCUCCUUUCCCCUUGUAACCCUAGAGUGGCCGGCCUAGUACCCCCCGUCCCUCCGUCUCCACUACCCCCAGGCAACUCCUUCCCCACACCCAGCACGCCAAGAGAGCCCCUGGCGGGGCCCCCUGCACUUGCCUGUCUGUCCUGGGGCCUGCCGGACGGCUUCACGGUUCCGGCCCCGCCUGUUGCAUCCGCUGACCUCCUGGUCGUCCUCCUGGGCUGCGGCCCCACGUGGUCCAUCACUCCAGGGGGCCCGGCCGGUGCCGCGGCCCCCGCUCCUGGCGCGGCCCCCUCCGACCUGGGAGCCGGACCGCCGCCGUCACGGGCAGCCUCCCGCCGCGCAGCAUGUCCCCAAGGCCCCGGUAGCGCGCUGGGAGGCGGGGCCUCGACCGCGCUGCUACCGGGCCUCCUGGCCCGCACUGGACGAUCCUGUGCGCCCUCCUGGGCCGCCAUUCCCGCCAGGGCCGGUCCGAGCUGGGCCCGCAACCAAUCCGCUCCAUGACCUCGCGCUGCUGACCGGUUCCCCUCUAGCAGCCUCUCCACUUCGUCCAUGGCCCUGCAGAAAUGACAAGAAGGAAAAAAGGCCCUACCUAACCCAAUCUGCACACACAGAAGUGCACACAAACUUAGCCAGGUAGGAAAUUAGAAGUGAGCUCACUUAAAAUGGCUGCCUAUUUAAAUAGCCCAGCCUACUUACCCAUAACUCCAUACUUCCUUCCCUCCUCCUAUGCCUGCCUCCUAACCCCUGUCAAGGCCCUUUUUUCGCUUAGCUGUGCUUUGGCUGCAUGGGGCUACAUUCCUGAUAAGUUUUAUCCUGCAAUCCAUGAACCAGUUUAGUAGCCCUUCUCUGAACCCUCUCUAAGGUAUCAAUAUCCUUCUGAAGAUACGGUCUCCAGUACUGUGUACAAUACUCCAAGUGAGGUCUCACCAGUGUUCUGUACAAUGGCAUUAGCACUUCCCUCUUUCUACUGCUAAUACCUCUCCCUAUACAACCAAGCAUUCUGCUAGAAUUUCCUGCUGCUCUAUUACAUUGUCUGCCUACCUUUAAGUCAUCAGAAAUAAUCACCCCUAAAUCCCUUUCCUCAGAUGUUGAGGUUAGGACUCUAUCAAAUAUCCUGUACUCUGCCCUUGGGUUUUUACAUCCAAGAUGCAUUAUCUUGCACUUAUCCACAUUAAAUGUCAGUUGCCACAAUUCUGACCAUUUUUCUAGUUUACCUAAAUCAUUUGUCAUUUGUCUUAUCCCUCCUAGAAUAUCAAAGCUGUUACAUAUCUUUAUUAGAUCUAGGAUUCAUAUAGUAGCCGUGUGUCAUCUAAUUUUAAUAUUCUGUAUUUUCUAUCUAGGAUUUGAUAAUCUGUACGUUAGAUAUAUGACACAAUAUACUGUAUUUUAGAUCUGGGAUUCACGUAGUAGAUUAUACCUUUAGGAUGAUCAUCCUUUUUUUACAUUUUUUAUUUUUUUUUAUUCCAUAGAAAGUCAACCAGAUGAGCCGGUUGGAGGAGGAUUACCUGUAAAGGUGAGCUUUUUAUAAUGCUAUAGCUUGAUAUCAUAAAUGCUUAAUUUACUUCAAUACACAAGUAGUAGUGUAAUACACAAGUCAGGAAAUAGUACGGAUCAUACUCCAAAUUUCAUAAGUUCCAUGGUACACAACAGAAGGCUUUGUCGCUAAAUAGUAAGAAAUAGAACAAAAACAGUCUGGACCAAGGCAACUACCCAUGGAAUGGCUGUGACGAUGUGUUUGGAUGACCUCAUACAAAUAAAAAGUUAGUGGGGAAAAGCUAAACAAUUGUUCCAAAUCUAUAUGUGAAUAGAGAUGUUUCUUCACUCAAAUCAAUUUGAGUAAUUUAUCCUUGUGUUCUGAAAAGUGAUGGUUAAUUUCUGUCAUCUUUAUCAUUUAUAGUAUUAUGAAAGGGAUCCAAAAAGCGACGAUUUUCUUGAUAGUGCAUUCCACCCGUUUUCACCUUUUUCAGUAGAUUGACAAAUUUACAUGGUUAUUUACUAAAGACAGAAUUAAAAGAGAAUUUCAAAUUUAAGGUCUGAGUAUCUGAACUAAUAGUAUAGCUGACUAACCUUGAAUUUUUUAUAUUCACUGUGUAUUCUCACUGUACAAGAAUAUAUUUCUGCUGGAAAAUGUGACGGAAAGAUUGAGAAGUCUUCUCUGUCAGGAUCCAAACCUUAAUUUUGGUAUUUCAUUCCCUUUGUUCAAGUUUUUUUCUGCAGUAACUAUGUUUUUGACACUACUAGCAAGAAAGAUUCCCAGGUAUUCAAAAUGUGAAAGCCGCAGGCAGAUUUAUUGCAACAAAAUAGACCACAACAUUUCGAUCUAACGAGGUCUUUUUCAACCACUGACCACCUUCCUAACCUCUGUCUGAAUUCUCUCUCAUCUUUACCUGCCUGGACUGAUUACUCAUGCUAUAAGAGGCCACACCUUGUUAACAGACACUGCCUUUACAUUGAUUGAAGUUGUGGUUCUGGACAAAUGUGUACGUAGUGGGGAAUGUGGUGUGACUAAAAGAAAGACUACCCCCUUAUCCCCCAAUAAUGACAGACAAUGCAUAUUGGAUGAAACAGGCCACAGCAUUUAUUAAAAUUUACAACUGUAGGACACAUCCGAACUGUACUCUCUUGCUUUAAUUCAAAUAUAAAUAAACACAUACAUAUAUACCAUAAUUAACAUAUAAAUUACACUUAUUGCCCUACAGCCUCCAACUUAAAUAACCGUCCUUGCCAACGAACUUAACCAGGUGCCUAUGCACCAAAACUUUACCCACUGGUGUCUCGCCUCCCCCCUCGUCCAAACCAAAUUCCCAUCAUCUUAAAUGCUCUACCACCAGCCGGCUCUUAGCUCGGUGGGCACGUCCUAUUCAGUAACUUGAAAGCUUACCUUACAGAGCAGGGGAGGGUGAGACCCACCAUGUCCAUCUCCUGACAUUCCAUCUGCUCCCCAACCCUGUUGGCAAGGACACGCUCCCCGCUAGCUGUGACGAAACAAAAAACAUAAAUUAGGGUGGGUGGGUGGGAAGUUGUUUGCUGGCCAGAAUCCAAAAGGCACUGAGGUAAGGCGAUCCCUGCUCCCCUACAAACACAUAGCCACUCCCCUAAACACAUACAGCCACUCCCCUAAACACAUACAGCCACGCCCAUAUACACAUACAGCCACGCCCCUAUACACAUACAGCCACGCCCCUAUACACAUACAGCCACGCCCCUAUACACAUACAGCCACGCCCCUAAACACAUACAGCCAAUCACUAGCACCAUCCCCACACUCAUACAUGUGCCCUUGUCCGUUUAGCUGUGACUCCCCAGGGACUUGACCUGUCUUCUGUUCCUGACUCAUACUGAGAAACCUGCUCAACUCCAAAUACCUUUGAACCAUCUUGAUUUAUUCAUCCAACCUGUUAGUUUCCAGACUGCACUUUUCGAAGAAGCUUGGUAACAAAUCCUGAUUUCCAAUUCCAACCGGUUUUCAUUCAUAUUGGACUUUAACUUUUUACCUUUUUUGCAUACCGACUUUAUAACUACCGGAGUCAACUCCACCAACUUGCUUUAUUCAUGCUGGACUUUGUUGCCUCUUUACUUUUGUUGAAAACACCUUUUCACUCCAACCGAAUUCAACGCCACAUACCUGCAUAAUACAGACUAUUCUAACUAUUUGCUACUAUCAUGAAUAACCCUUCUGCAAUUAUCAGAUAACUGCAUUACUACCUCCAACCAAAAGACCCUGAAUAACUAAACGUCUAUUUAAUCUGAAUUAAUUGUACCUCUUAUUAUAUUAUGUUUGCCAGUAACCUAUAAUUUCUCUUAUAGGUUUUCCCUCUCUUGAUUUACCUGUUACGUGAUAACCUGCUUGGGGCAUAUUUCCUAAACUCUGGAUUAUGUUCUUUCCUUAUACCUAUAUUUCCCCUUAUAGGCUCUAUGGCAGCCACCCUGAGAGAAGAGGGGUUUCCUCAACCAUUCCCCCUAGUGUGAGUAGUGCUGUAGCAUUUCCAAGUAGUUAUCCAAAUGGUAAAUAAAGCAGGUAAAGCUGUUCCCUACAAUCACAAGACAAGGCUCUUUGUUGAGGGUGAAGUAAACUAGUUUUAAUGGGACCACACACGGCCUUUUAUGGGAAUCCCCAUUUAAGGGGUUCACUAUAACACAUUCCAGGGGCAUUCCCCACUGGACAUGAGAGAGACAGACACAAAGUACACAACAUAAUUAUAUUAACUCUCAGGUCUAGGACACUUAUAUGAAUAAACACACCUUUAACAGUGCAGUACCCCCUUAUAUACAAUAUCCAUGGACAGCCUGGGUCUGAGCACCCAACAUAUCCAAAAAAUGCUCACAUCCCAGGAACAUAGCCGAUACGCCACCAGGAUAUAUAUUUUAGACCGACCGCACCUGAGGCGCUUGCCCGAAAGAUUUCCAUGAAAUCAGCCUGCGGUCGGUCUCUUUCGGGACUACGAAAUAUGUCUCUGUCUCUAUCUUGUUCAGGAGUAUGCUCCCACCAAACGCCGCUUAGAUGAAUGGAAACUAACAUGGAUGUUCCAGUAGUGUUAGCUCCAUCGAGUGUCCAAUAAUAGUUCCAAACACCUCUGGGUGUGUUUGAAAACCAAGAUGGCCGCCUUCUCGUUUUCAUCCAUCCGAAACACAGCCGACCACUUAGAAUGUUGAAGUGACUGUGGUUUGUGAAAGUGUUAGUGAGGUUAAGUGGGUUAACGAGCGGCACACUGCUGUUCUGGGUGGUCCAUGUAUUUGGUACUUUUUUGGUAUAUUAACCAAAUAGGGCAAUCUGUUCGGUAAGGAUCGUUUACCAAUCCAGUCAAUGCAAAAUAGUUAUUUUAGGAACAGGGGAUCUGUUACAGGUUUGCUCUUCUUCAUAACCUAUAAUUCUGCUUAUAGGUUCUCGUUAUGCCUCCUAACCUAUAAAUCCAUUUAUAGGUUCUUCUAUCCAUUCCUUUAUAUUGUUACUUGCCUAUAAUUUCAUUUAUAGGUGCUCCUUCUCACUAUUCCCUUAUUUCUACCUAUAAUUUUGUUUAUAGGUUCUGCUUCUAUCAACUUCUCUAUAACCUGUCUGGGACUUAUUGUCUAAACCCUUUAUUCUAUAACACUCAUUACUUACCUGUAAUCUCGUUUAUAGGUACUGCUUUAUCACUUUUGUCUUUAUUUCAUUUGUCUUGCUUCACUUAUUUCAAGUUUAAAACAUGUCUUACAAUUCCAAUAAAGAACCUAAACUUAGCCCCAGUAUAAGUCUCCUAACUGACCUUAUCAGAACCAUGACACUCUCUCUGUGAGUUCAAUGUGGUUUUCAAUUUAUAGGCCUAAGUAGAUAAAGUGGAAGCAUUGCUGACUUGGAGAUUUCUUUCCAAUUUAGAUAUUUUGGCCUUAAAUUUGAAAUUCACUUUGAAUUCUCAUUUUAGGGAAUAACUCUGAGUACUGACCUUUUUCUGUCAGCUACUUUAAUCAUGAUGUGUAUUCUCAUAUAGACAUUUACAUUUUGGCUGAUGUCAUGAGAAGUCAUACAAAUUACAGGUAGUAGUGGCACAUAGUCAUAGUCGAUGUCCACAUUCAGGUCCUUAACCAAGAUCAGUCCAUAAAACAAAAACAGUAUAAGUAGAAUAUGCAUACCUCCCAACAUUCCAAAUGGACAAAGAGGGGCACUUUCAUUUUACAAAUGUGAGUGGGAGUGUAGCUAGGUAUAAGGCUUUCUGGAUGUGUUUACAUUGCAGCUCUAAGUCUGCUCACAGUGGCUGUCUACCAUACAGCCACUAGAGGGUUUACUGAAUCGAAACAAACCUUGGUCCGGUAUCUGACGCUGGACAUCCUUGCGCUCUGCAUGAGGACCUCCACCAUCAGUUUUUUUUGUUUUGUUUUUUUUUUUUCCAUUAGGAAAGCAUUGAAUCAAUGUGUUCCUAUUGGAGGUCUAAUGUGUGCGUGACUUUUUUAUUUAUUUAUUUAUUUAUUUUUUACCCUUUAUUUAGCCGGGAGGUAAAAAUAAAUAAAUGUAUUUUUAUAUAUAUAUUAUACAAUUUUGAGGUGGGUAGAGACUUUUAUUUAAUUUUUAAGCCUUAGCCUGCUGGCUGCUUUUGCUACCUGUGGACAAAUAUAUACAUUUUAAUUUUUUAUUUUUUUAAUAUUGUAUUUAUAUCUCAAAAUGCCUGAUUGCAUAUUUGGUUAGAGUGAAUCUGGUUAAAUUCUGAUGUUUAAGAAUGUGUUUGGCUGAUAUACACUAUUCUCUAUUACACUCUGCAUUUGGCUGAUAUGCACUAUUCUCAGUUUCUGUGUUUGGCUGAUAUGCACUAUUCUCAGUUCCUCUCUCUUUGGCUGAUCUACACUAUUCUCUGUUAAACCAAAGAAGGUGAUAAGCGCACACAAUAAGAAUAAUAAAUUACCUUUAUAUACAAAAUCCCUCUUAUAUUAAAUUGUUUAGAGCCCAUUAAAGAGCAUAUAUGCCUCUUUAUAGAUACAAGGUGAUUUCCUCCACUGGUUAGGAUCCCAAGAAGUGCAAAAUUGCUGAAAUUAGGAACUCCAAGAAUUACUUAGUACUUAGUAUAUUAAAACUAAACAAAUGCACAACGCGUUUCAACCCCAAACUGGGUCUUCCUCAGGUGCUGAUAAAUGUUACACUGACAUGUGUAUCUUUAUGUACAAACAUUAUAAUGAAUUAAUCACAUGUAAAAAAAAAAAAAACUCCCAUUACCAAAUAUGGUCAAAAAACCGGAAACUCCUUGUGUCACUUCCAAUAUGGUGACGUUUCCGGCUUGGAUUUACACUUCCUGUAUACCGGCCAUAUUGGUAACUUCUAACAAUUGGUAACUUCUGCAAAUGAAACGCACACAUGAUUUUCUUAAAAAUUCACCACAUCGCUUCUGGGUCUUUUCUUUAAGUCCAUCGUAUCAUUUCCGUUUCAUUGCUUCCUGUAAUGUAUAGCGCCCAUACAAAAAGGUCCGCAUCGUCACUUCCUGUGAUGUUUUCUCACAGGCCCUUUCACUGGGUUCAUACGUCCAUAGGUUAUCUUUAAGUCAAAAAGGCAUUCAGUUCUCAGUGUCCGAACCGCUGGAUGUCAUUUUGAGGGUGGGCAUAGUCCCAUGCAUAUCACAUAAAGGAAAAUGCAGAGAGGAUAAAAAUAAGACCAUUAACAUUUUUUUUAUUAAAACUGUUUAAAAGGACUAUGCAUAAUAAAACCAUAGGAACGGAAUACCUAUACAAAUCCUAGUUUAAAAAAGGUGGGGGGAAAAAAGAGAAGGGAAAAAAUAGGGGGGUGGGCAUCAGGAGAAAAAUAUAUAUUCUAUAAAAUAGGGUUGAUUUCAAAGUCAAUAUUAAGUCCCUUAUGGACUAAAGUAAGCAACUAAAAAAUCAAUUUUUUCCUCUCCAAUAUGUAUUGACCUUCUCAAUUGCACAAAAUUCUAAGUGCCUUGAUUUUAAAAAUCCCUUUUUGAUAUUUCCACCAUGUUCACGUAUUCUCACUCUAAUUGGUCUAGAUGUUUUGCCUAUGCACUGUAGUCCACAUGUGCACCGCAGUAAAUUGAUACGAUUGCGCGAAUGGCACGUACUAAGUGAUUUGAUUUUGUACUCUUUCUUAGUAAUGACAGAAAUAAAAUUGAUAAAAUUUUUAUUUGAUACAUUUGUAUUCCGACAUGCAUUGCACAUCCCAAAAUGAAAGAAGCCCUCAUGCUCCUGCGACCAAUUGGUUAAAAAAAAAAAUUUGGAAUAUCAUCCUUCACAUAACUGAGUUAGGAUUUGUUUUACAUUUCUUGCACCUCAAAAAUUUUAGUUUUUUUGGCCUAUCAUCUUCUUGCAGGAUGUACCAGUUUUUAUUAAUUAUUCUUUUACCAGUGCCCAUGUUACUAGAGAAAUUGAACAUAAAAGGAAUUUAAUUUAUCUUUCUUUCUUUUUCUAUAGUUAAGUAGAGGCAAUCUGUUCAGUUUUGCAACAGUUUCUGUAUAGUUUUGUAGAUUUUGACUAUUUUUUAUCUUUUCUGCUCAAACAGUUUUUUUUAAUAGUUGACUGGGAAAUAAAUCAGCCUGGCUGGUACAGAUCCUACGAAUUCUCAGGAAAUGUCCCUUUGGUAUAUUAUAAAACCAGGGACGGUGAUGGCAUCUAUCUUGUUCAAUAUAACUUGCAUCCACUUGCUUAAAGUGCAGGUCAUAAGAGCAUUAUUUAAAACAUAAAUAUUCAAGUCUAAAAAAAAAAAUCUAUGCUCUGAUCGCUUACACUUUUCGUAAGAGAUGCACCAGUCAUUAAAAUUAAGAGAAUUAAAAAAAAAACUGAAAUCACACGAUCCUUUCCAAAUAAUUGUCAUCAAACUCAUGCUCCUGGUAAAUAAAGUCUUUCCCAGUAUGCCAUAAAAAAAUUGGCGUAGCUUGGUGCAAACUUGGUCCCCUUUACUUGUAAAAAGAAAUCCUCUUCAAACCAAAAAUAGUUAUAUAACGUCAUUUUAAUGCCCUCUCAGAUAAACCUUUUUUUUUUUUUUCCCUAUAUUGAUUUGACUGAUUUUUAAAUAAAAAAUCUACCGCCUCACACCCUUUGUGAUGCUCAAUAUUCAUAUAAGGGCUGGUGACAUCACAUGUGAUUACAUUCCAUUUAAAAUUUAUUUAAGACACAUGGAGUCUGGUAAAAAGGAUGGGCAUGUUUUAACUAGAGGUUGUAGGUGAAGGUCAAUAUACCGGGGCAGGGAAGAUAAAAUAUUAUUAUUUAUAUAGCGCCAACAGAUUACGCACAGCUUUACAAUAUUAUGAGAGGGGGGAUGUAACUAUAAAUAGGACAAUUACAAAAAACUUAUGGGAACAAUAGUUUGACGAGGACCCUGCUCAAUAGAGCUUACAUUCUAUAGGAGGUGGGGUGUAAAACACAUUAGGACAGGAAUUUGCAAUCAAAUAAGGUUGGCUGCCCUUUAGGAGAGAGCAAGAGACAGGUAUGUGAGGUAGAGGUUACUCUGGGAGGCCAUAAGCUUUCCUAAAGAGAUGGGUUUUAUGGAACUUCUUAAAAGAUGCAAGACUAGGGGAGAGUCUGAUGGCGGUAGGCAGGCUAUUCCAUAGGAAGGGAGCCGCCCACGAGAAGUCCUGCAAGCAUGAGUUGGCCGUAUGGGUGCGGACAGGAGGUGGUCACGGACAGAGCGGAGAGACCGAGAAGGGACAUAUCUAUGGAUCUGUGAGGAGAUAUAAGAGGGGCUAGAGUUGUUCAGUUCUUUAUAGCUGUGAAUUAGUACCUUGAAUUGACUCCUAUAGCAUACAGGAAGCCAACGUAAGGACUGACAGAGGUGUGAGGUGUGAGAGAAACGACUAGAGAGGAAAAUCGGUCUGGCAGCAGUGUUCAUUAUGGACUGUAGUGGUGCAGUACGCCUUUUGGGAAGACCAAUCAGGAGAGGGUUACAAUAAUCAAUGCAGGAAAUUACUAGAGCAUGGACAAGCUCCUUGGAAGCAUUUUGUGUAAGAAAGGGGCGGAUGAGGGCUAUGUUUUUAAGAUGGAAUCUACAGGAUUUGGCAACAUGCUGGAUGUGAGGCUCAAAGGUGAGGCCAGAAUAAAGUAUGAUGCCAAGACAGCACGCUUGAAAGGAUGGACUGAUGUGGGUACCACUAAUUUGAAGGGAGAGCGAAAGAGGAGGAUCAGUAUUAGGAGGAGAAAAGACAAGGAGCUCAGUUUUAGAGAGAUUGAGUUUCAAAAAGCAGAAGGACAUCCAGUCAGAGAUGGAAGAAAGGCAAACAGUGACACAUUGCAGCACAGCAGGGGAGAGGUCUGGGGAGGAGAGAUAUAUCUGGGUUUCAUCAGCGUACAGGUGGUAGUGGAAUCCAAAAGAGGUAAUAAGUUUUCCAAGCAAGACAGUAUAAAGAGAAAAUAGAAGGGGACCAAGGACAGAGCCUUGGGGGACUCCAACCGAGACAGGACGAGGGGAGGAGGUAUUAUUAGAAAAGGAGACACUGAAUGAGCAUUGGGAGAGAUAGGAGGAAAACCACGAGAGGACAGAGAGAGUGAUUGAAGAGUUUGAAGAAGGAGAGCGUGAUCAACGGUGUCAAAGGCAGCAGAGAGGUCAAGAAGAAGUAGUAUGGAGUAGUGGCCUUUGGAUUUAGCUGCGAUUAGGUCGUUAGUAACUUUGAUAAGGGCAGUCUUUGUAGAGUGGAGAGGGCGGAAGCCAGAUUGAAGAGGGUCAAAGAGAGAGUUGGAAUUGAGAAAAUGACACACGGGUAAAGACAAGGAAUUGAUCCCAGAAACUAAUGGUUGGCCUGGUUUUAGGAUCUUAUGAAAUUUAGGCAAGAUACAGAUUACUGGAAUCCUAGGGUGUUUUAUAAAAAUAAAAGUAUUCACUUUUAUUCAGAAUAUUAUUCUUUAAGCCCAUUUCUAAAAAUAUCUUAAUUUUCUUUUCUCAUUAGUGGGAUCUUUUGAGUUUUCUGUAUGUAGUUUCAUCCUGUCCUUGUCUUUUUAUUUCUUGUAAAUAGAUAUUUCUUAUCUAAAAUGACUCCUCGUCCCUUAUCUGCUGGUUUAAAUGAUCAUUGUGGCGGUCAUCUUUCAAUAAAUCUAUAGUUUUCUUUUCCUUAAUAAAUUCUGUCCAAAUUUAGACAGGCUUUCUUAUAAAUAUCCUCCAAACAGGCCCAUUCAAAGACUUUUUAAAUUGUCGUGUUUUUUUUUUUUUUUUUUAACAGGAUAAAAACUAGAUCUCCUCUUUAGAUUAGAAUGAAUAGAAACAUAGAAUGUGACGGCAGAUAAGAACCAUUCGGCCCAUCUAGUCUGCCCAAUUUUCUAAAUACUUUCAUUAGUUCCUGGCCUUAUCUUAUAGUUAGGAUAGCCUUAUGCCUAUCCCACACAUGCUUAAACUCCUUUACUGUGUUAACCUCUACCACUUCAGCUGGAAGGCUAUUCCAUGCAUCCACUCCCCUCUCAGUAAAGUAAUACUUCCUGAUAUUAUUUUUAAACCUUUGUCCCUCUAAUUUAAGACUAUGUCCUCUUGUUGUGGUAGUUUUUCUUCUUUUAAAUAUAGUCUCCUCCUUUACUGUGUUGAUUCCAUUCAUGUAUUUAAAUGUUUCUAUCAUAUCCCCCCUGUCUCAUCUUUCCUCCAGGGAAUUUAUUACUAGAUCAUUAUCCAACAUAUGCUUAAAUUCAUCCUGUUUUUUCUUAAACAUCUUUAAGGCAUAAUUUUCUGGUAUAUCAGUUUACGUCGUUCGAACUUAUUAACAGGGCAACUAGUUGCAGAUUAAAAACCUUUAAAUCAUUACUCUCUGCCUUCUUUGGCAUUGUUUUUGACUUCCCUGUUUUCUGGCAUCCCUGACUCCUGGCUUUUCCUUAUCGUUGUGUCUCUUUCUGUUUCCCUUGACCUCGGCUAUUCCUGACUAUUCUUUGGUACGUUAGUCCGGCCAUUCUAAGGUCCGGUAUACGUUACCUAUUAGUCCUCUGUUACACAAUUCUACGUGCUGGAUCAUUCUGUAAUCCUGACAGUUCUGAAUUAUUACUAUUCUGUUACUCUCUGCAUUUGGAUGAUAUACACUAUUCUCAGUUUCUGUUUUUGGCUGAUAUACACUAUUCUAUGUUUCUAUCUCUGUUUUUCUGGUAUACACUAUUCUUUGUUAUUGUGUUUGGUCGAUAGGCACUAUUCUCUGUGUUUGGGUGAUAAACACUAUUGUCUGUUACUCUCCACGUUUGGCACUAUUCUCAGUUAUGGUGUUUGGCUGAUAAACACUUUUUUUAUUUUUUUUAUUGAAUUUUAAAUAUUACAAGAUUAAUAACAUAGGUAUCAAACAUGAUCAUGGAAAAAAAGAAUAAAGCGCAUACAUGUUUGAACUAGCAUGGUAACCAUAUUCAUGGUCACAAAAGACAAACCACAACAAAUUCAUGCGGGGGGAUGAGUGGGGAGAAGUAGAAAAUGCCCAUUUAAGAUUAUAGAAAGGAUCGAGACCAAAUGCAUCUGUUCGUCAGGGGCCAAAGUCCCAAAUCACAAUUUCUUAAUACAUUCCAGCCAACCUUUUAAGCUCAACAUAUGAGGACCUAAAUAUGCCCAUUUCCAUUUUAAUUUGGAAACUGAGUUCUCUAACGUCGAGCCAGGUAGGGGCUUACACCAGCUUCUGGCAAUCAACAUCUUGGCAGCAGACAAAAAAUUAAUGAUAGUUCACUAUGUAUCAAACAUUUUUGGGAUAUUUAAUUGUAAUAAGAGGCUAGGAUGAAAUUCAAUUGUUUUUGAGAAUACAUUUUAGCUUUUAUGUAACCUGUUUCAAAAUAAUUGAAUAGGAGGACAAUCCCACCACAUGUGCAAAAAAUCUCCAACAUCUAUCUGAAGCCAUUUGGUAAAUCCUAGACAAUCUGCUUGGAACUAGGUACCAUUUAUUUAACACUUUAUAGUGAAUUUAAGCAGUGUAGUUUUUUUUAGGGACCUUAGUUAGAGAUUCUGUCCAUUCCUCACAGCUAAUCUGAAUUUUCAAAUCUUGCUCCCGCUUUUUAUUUUUUUACAGGUAGGAUAGGUUUUGUCGGGGUCACCCUUUAAUCACAUCCAAGCAGCCUGCCACCAAGUUAUUCAUUUCCAUGUUUUUAAUUAGUUUCUGUAGUUUAAUCUGUUUCAUAGAUCUGUGACGUAAUGUAAUGUGAUGUAAUUAAAAAUAUCUCUAUUGUGUAGACCAAGAUCCUCUUUUAAUGUAGUAAAAUCUUUAACCCUAUUCUCAAUCAAUUUCUCAAUUUUGUUGAACCCAGCAUUUAUCCAACCAGAAAGAUUUGUCUUCAACAUUAUGUAUAAUUUGUUUUAUAGGUAGGCAUGGAGGACUUUUAUCUUGGCGAUGCCAUAAAUUUUUUUUUAUUUAUUUAUUUUUCUCAUUUGUACAAGAGGUUGUUAAAAACCAAACUUCUAGAAGAAAUCUUUGUGCGGUAUUGCUUCUUUUCUUUUAUCCUUUGUCUGCCAAUAUAUUGGCACUAGUUCUUGGCUGACACGACCCAAUUUGGUCAGACACAUUUCAGUCUUAUACCAUACUUCUUCCUUGGCAUUAUCAAAUUGGGUGCAAAUAUGGGCUAACCUACAUGCUUUCCAGUAGUCUUUUAGCUGAGGUACCCCUAACCCACCUUGUUUAACUUUCAGUGCUAAAUAAGUUGCACAAAUACGGACGGUGGUGUUUACCUAGCCCAGUGGUAGUCAACCUUUUUCUACCUACCGCCCACUAAUGCAACUUUCUUGAUGGAAGAACUUCCUUACCGCCCACCAGUUUUUGUGCAAGUGCGGAAUAUUUUUCAGAAAGGAGGGUGGUUUAAAAAAAAAAAAUGUAUGUCAAUUUAUCUUUUUAUCUCUACUUUAUGCAUGUUUAUAAUAGUUUUUAACUUUAUAAAGUUUAGAAAACAAUAAAGUAAAUUGAAAAAUGGCUUUACUAGUGAUUAAUGAGAUCCUUGAGGCUGAUGCUGCGAGACUAAAGAUUUGAUAUCUGGUUCGAUUUUCAUAAGGAACAAACGAAGGUCUCCUCUUUCGGUGAUAUUCAGACGGUUUCUCUGUUUGCGCAUAAUAUGAUUAACAGCACUAAAGCCUGAUUCUACAAGAUAUGUGGUAGGGAAAGGUAUCAAUAAAUUGAACAUCAUUUCCCCAUAUUUGGAAAUAACGCAGGCAUUUUUUUUAUUUUGCCAGAGUUUUUCGUACCCACCACUGCCAAAAUUACAUUUAUUUAAGCUCUAAUUCUUCUUGGCAUGUUAUAUCAACCUCAGCAAUAUUUGCUGUAAAAGGAUUUAUCAUCCAGUUAUGCAUCUUUAAAUCAUUUUUCCAUAUCCAAUUUGAGUUCUUUGAGGUGGCUACUGAACCUUUCAAUAUCCCCCGGAGUUAUAUCAUUGUUUAUAGAGGACAAUUCAGGAAACUGAUGAAAUUCUCUCUUGAAAAUAUUAUGACGGAGAAGAUCAAGAUAUAUAGAUAUAGAUAUAGAUAUAGAUAUAGAUAUAGAUAUAUAUAUGUAUAUAUGUAUAUGUAUAUGUAUAUAUAUAUAUAUGUAUAUAUAUGUAUAUUUUUUUUAAUUAUUAUUUUUUUUUAACUUAUAAGAGUUAAAUUGGCUCCUUGAAGCUGCAAAUUAAUUUCAUUAAACAUCUGCUAAAUAAAAGGCAUCAUUCUUUACGUUUUUUUAACUGUUCAUAGAGACCAGCCUCAUUAUCACUUUCAAAAAACUGUAUGACACUAUCAAAUAAUGCAACAAAACGAGACAAGCAUGUACCCUUUGAGAGCCAUCGAACUUCUGUAUGUAAAAGUAACCUAAUAAACUGCUCGUUUUUGUCCUGGCACAGCUGUCCAAACAUGCUUUAAUUAUUAUACUUAAUGAUGAAUGGAGACUUGUAAUUAAAUGUUUUCCUACAAUAUGUUGUCUGUGCACAACACAAUGAAUACACAAAACGUUUGGCACUUCUUCCUUCAAGUAAGCAACAAACCCACGAUAGCGGCCUACCAUUGAUGGUGCUCCAUCAGUAGCACAUGCAACAAUAUUGUUCGGGGUAUAUAGUUUUUUGCAAAGAAUGAUUUCACAGCAUUAAAUAUUGAUCAUUUUGUAUCUGUAAUCAGAUUGACAGUGAAUAGCAUUUAUUCUUGCUAUGUAUUGUUUUCAUCAAGGUACCGUACACAUGUCAUCAGUAGGGCAUUAUUAUCUGCAAUGACAGACUCAUCCAAUUGUAUGGAAAAUGAAGAAUUUUGGAGAAUACCUAUAAAUCUAUUUUCAACAUUAGCCACCAUUUCAUCAAUGUGUCUCUUUACUGUGUUAUCGCUAAGGGGCAAUGUAUUUAAAACCUUAGGUGUAUCCUGAUGCACUAAUGUUGCGAUAAAUUCUUUGAUAGAGGGUAUUAUCAAAGUUUCUCCAAUAUUUUGGCUUCUACCACUUUUUUUGCAAUUAAGUGUGAUAUACGAUAAGCUGCAGUUAAUCCAUCUUCAUUCUUUGCAUGUUGUUUUUGAAAUGAUGAAUCUAUUGUUGAACGAUUUUGAAUAUUUUUAUUUUUAUAGAUUUCUUGAAAAUAUUCAAUGGGCUUAUCUAUAUCUUGCGAAUGCUUUGUAGCAAGAUGUUCUCGCAAUCGACUUGGCUUCAUUGCUUCAUUAGAUAAUGUCUUGUGGCACAGUAAACACAUUGGAAGCUGUUUAUUUCUAACAGAUUCAAUGAAACCCAUCUUCAGAUACUCUGGGAAAUAGGCACGAGCAUAUUUCAUUUUUUUUCUGACAUGGGUUCUAAAUUUGUUUCAAAAUUUAACUACUUUUACGUUUUGAUCUGCACUCCACACAGUGCUUUUUUCCCCUCUUUUCCUUUUUAUUGCAAACUCCAAAAACAAUGCUGUAUUAGGUGCCAAUUUUUAUUAAGUGUCACCAUAAAAAGAAAUUCCCCCCUUUUUUUUUUUAUUCUUUAUUUUAUAAGAUAACAAAACUUAAUUUAUGAGCCAGACUAAACACGGCUUACUCUCCUCCUUUAUUUUAUCCCCUUUUCUCUAUUUUUUUUUUCCCCCUUUUUUAAUUUUUUUAAUUUUUUUUAAUCUUUUUUUCCUUUUUUAUCUCCUUUCUUUUACUUUCCUUAGGGCAAUGUACAAAAGUAAGAUUGAGCUUGUCGUCGUCAUCUCCUUGUCCUGCUAACUUUUCUUUUUCCUAUUUUGCAACUGCUCUGCUCCACUUCUACCUGUCCCUGCUAUCAGUUUCCACUCCUCCCCUUCCCACUUGUUUGCGUGCACGCACGCAUUGGUUCAUUGAUGUGUCCGCUCGUGCCAGCCAACUUGCUCAAAAGGAGGUUUUAACCUCAGAAAUCCCUACCGCAUGCAUUCUCGCGUGCGUUGGUUCGUUGAUGUGUGCCCACCCACUCGCACACAAGGAGGUUUUAAACCGCUGAAAUCCCUACCGCCCACCUGGAAUCCUGAUAAGGACCAGGAUGAAUUUAAAAUAGGACUGGGCUAAAUUAAGCCAGCUGUCUGAACAAGACACAGGGAUCAUACAGAAAAGGUAAAUCCAGUUCGGAAGGAUAUAAAACUUAGCAAUGUUGAUUCUUCCCCACCAAGAAAUUUCCAUAAAUUUCCACCCUUUUAGUUUUUUUUUAUUCGUAUAUCUCAAAGAUGAAAUGCACCUCCAAAAUAUUAGCUGGGUCGCUCAUCUCCACACCCAAAUAUUUAAAUGAUGUACUAGAGCAAUCUAAACCAAAAAGGUCAGAUAGUACCUUCCUAAUGUCACAAGAUAAAUUAAUCGGCAGAACAACAGAUGUUUAGAUUUAAUUUAUACCCAGAGAGUCUCAAACUCACUAAUAGUCAUAAAUCUGUCCAUAGAAGAAAUCAGCUCACAUAACAUCAUAACCACGUCAUCAGCAUACAUCGUAACUUGACUGUCUUCUGUCAGCACAGGCUAGCCUUUAAUCUGAUUAUCUGCUCUAAUUGCCACAGCUAGAGGUUUAAUUAUCCUUAAAUAUAGUAUAGGUGAAAGUAGGCAGCCUUGCCUAGUUCCUUUCUUCAGGAAUAACCACUCCGAUGAGAAACCAGAGCCUAAUAUUCUUGCCAUGGGAAAAGUGUAUAAUGCUAUAAUAUAAUUAACUAUCCUCCCGCAGAGCCCAAAUGCUUCAAGGACCUGGGUCAUGAAGUACCACCUGACUCUGUCAAACACCUUUUCGGCAUCCAAUGACAGUCAGGAGGGAAACCCCAUCUCGCUGCGCCAUAUCCAAUAUAUCGCUAAUUCUUCUGACAUUAUUGAUGGAAGAUCUACUCUUGAUAAAACUGGUCUGGUCUUUAUGGAUAAUUGAAGGGAUAAUGUUAUUUAGUCUAGCUGCUAAAAUCUAGUUAUGUUUAUGUUAAUGUUAUCUAGUCUAGCAGCAUACAAUUUCAAGUCUACUUUUAAAAGGGAGAUAGGCCAAUCAUUUCUGGGCUUUUAUUCUGCUUAAGUAUGGGAAUAAUGUGAGCUUUUAACAUUUCCCUCGUAUCUCCUGUUAAACGGAUCUAAUUAAAUAUCUUGGUAAGGAUCCCUUUAAUAUUGUUUGCUAAUGACGUGUAUAUAAAAGAAAUUUACUAAAAUGGUCUGGUCCGGGUAAUUUAUUCGCUUUGAGUUUUCUUAUGGCUGUAUCGAAGUCAUUUAGAGUAAUAUCUCCAUUAAGUUUGAUUAAUUGCUCAGCAGAAAUUUUAGGUAACGUUUAUAAAAAAAUCGUGAACAAUUAACAGGGGACUGUCUCUCUGGUAAAUUAUACAAAGCCAAGCAGAAAUGCCACAGUAAAGGAGACUAUAUUUAAAAAAGAAAAACUUCCACAACAAGAGGACAUAGUCUUAAAUUAGAGGGACAAAGGUUUAAAAAUAAUAUCCGGAAGUAUUACUUUACUGAGAGGGUAGUGGAUGCAUGGAAUAGCCUUCCAGCUGAAGUGGUAGAGGUUAACACGGUAAAGGAGUUUAAGCAUGCGUGGGAUAGGCAUAAGGCUAUCCUAACUAUAAGAUAAGACUAGGGACUAAUGAAAGUAUUUAGAAAAUUGGGCAGACUAGAUGGGCCGAAUGGUUCUUAUCUGCCGUCACAUUCUAUGUUUCUAAAUCCUUAAAGGCUUUGCCAUUUUUUUUCUGGAUUUAGAGUAUCACUGCCAUAAAUAAUCUUAGACUAUUUUCUUUGCUCUUUAAUUUUUUUUUUAAAUCUAUUAGAGUAGUUUAUAAGCCUUGCUCUCUUAGAGCGUUCAAAUUAUAUUUUGCUUUCCGAAUUAAAAUGUUAUUAAUCUGGUUCCUCUCCAGACAGUCCAAGUUUAUAUAUAAUUCAGACCAAUGAAUGCUUUGUAGUUUUUCUUGACUGCCCAAUUUGAUUAGGUGACCUCUAAAAGUACAUUUAAAGGCACACCAUAUCAUUGGCAGUGGUAUGUCAGGGAAAAAAAAAUUCUGUAAAAAAUAAAAAAAAAUAAUUAGAUCCAAACACCAUAAUAAUUGUGUUGUGGUCUGACCAGGGAAUAUUGAAAUCAAUACUUUGAUCAUUUUAGUCGUAUCUCUCUGUGAUAAAAUAUGAUCUAUUCUAGAAUAACCAUUAUGAGAAGAUUAAAAACAGAAGUCCCUUUCCUGGGGAUGCCAUCUGUCCAAAAGAUCAUUAUUCCUCAAUUUCGUUAACGUCUAGCAAGAUUCACUAUAUAGCUCUGCCUAUCCUUUUUAUUACAGCUAUUCCUGUCUAGGGUAGGCUCCGAUAAGCAAUUGAAGUCUCCUAAGUAAAUGAUUCUUAUUUGCCUUAUUCUAUCAACCCGAGAGACAGUCCUUAAUAUAAACCUGGUGAGGGGAAUGGUUGGGAGCGUAAAGAUUUACUAUGGUAAAAAUGUAAUUGUUUAUUUUGCAUAUAAGAAUAUGGUAUCUACCUUCAAUAUCGGAUUCUUGAUGUAUCUGCUUAAAAGCUAGUAACCCUUAGACCGGGGGAUGAAGGGGGGGGAGAAGAAAACACUCCUCCAAAAGGUAAAGCACUAUCAAAAUACUCUAUCCAAUCUAACAAGUCCACUGUCCACAGUAGUGAUGCAGAAAGAUGAAAAUUAAACAAGAAAAAGCAAUCUAACAAAGAAACCUUAUCGUAACAUAAGGGGACUCUGGCAGAUAAAAACACUACUGGAGCGGAAGUAAUUGUCAGGAUUACUAAUUGAUCCUGCAUGCAGAAUUGUAUCACACCUAGGACUAAGGGUAACAUGUAACUGGACCUUAGAAUGUCCGGACUUAACGUCUCAAAGAAUAGUCAGAAUGCUAGUUGAGGUCAGGGAUACAGAAUCAGACAAAGCGAUGAGAAAAAGCCAAAAGUCAAGGAUACCAGAAAUCGGCAAAGUCAAAUACCAAAAAAUCAAGAUCAGGAACGUACUCUCAUAUUACCAUCAGGCUUGAGCGCGCAUGACGUCACACAAAUGCCGACGUCAUCCUCAACAUGGGCAGUCGUGGGGCUAUAAGGUGGCAUAGAUCCGCAGCGGCUGGCGUCCCUAGACAUGCUGGGUUUAUCAGGUAUCUGGGCGCAUGGCUGUAGAUGGACACAACUAUUCCGGUCAGGACUGUAAAUACCAUUAAACACAUUACCAUAAGCGGAAGAAUUUGUUACAGUAAUCACGCAAGUGAUUAUUCUUAUAUGACCGUAAGUAUGCAUAACCUAUAAAAUACACAGCAUUGUAAAGGGUGACUGUCACUUUAGCCUUCAAUAAAAUCAGGUGAAUGAUAUACAAUUAUAACUCUAAAGCACGGACCAUAGAUACAUUUCACACCUUUAUUAUAUGGCCUCCUUACAGUACUUACUGCCUUUUAUGUGUCUAUAAUGGAUUGUAAUAUGGGGUAUCUUACACUUAACCAAACACCAAGAGGAGAGGAAAAAAAAAAUCUUGUCUCGUGUAUAUUGAUUCAAAAGUACCACAAGUGUUCAAUAAUAAAAAAAAGUAAAUCCAAACUUGAUCAUUAUUACUCCAACUCAAUCUCCUAUCCAAUCCUGGCCACCCGACACAUGGGUGGGAGAGAGGGGGAGAGGAGAUGUUGAGAACAAACCACAUCCUGUUAAUAAAGUUCAAUCUCUUUAAUUAUUGAGGUGUUGACAUUUUUGUGAAUGUCAAUGUAUAAGUGCGUAGAAGUGUUAAAUUAAUUAUAUGCGCAUCGUAUUUCAUAUUUAGAAAAAUGUAUAUGUGGAUUAACCUCCAGACAAUGUAAAACUUGCUGUAUCACCUAAUAUUACCCUUAUUCUGGAUUGUAUGGUGAACCCCUUCUCUAGCCCAUCCAACCCCCUUUCCUUUCGAUUUCCCUUCCACUUAACUGCAACCAUAGAAUUUCAAGUUUUAUUUACAUUCUUUUCCCUUUCUUUCUCUCUCCCCCCCUUCACAAAUUUUCCCUUUCCUCCUCUUUCCUUUUCUCUCACCUUCCUUUUUCUUUUUUGUGUGAACAAGUGCAGUGUGUGUAUAUGUGUGUGUGUGUGUGUGUGUGUGAAGUGCGAAAUAUAGACUUUAGUGUAAUUGAGGAUACUAUGUUGUGGCAGACCUCUCUGCCUUUGGAUUACUGUUUAAACCUGAUUUGUCUGUUUGGUUUUUGUUUGCAUUCACCCAAAUAAGAAUAAACUCUCGAAUGGCAGGCCACCCAGCAGUGAAGUGUGUUGCUUGUUAACCUUUCUGCCCUCAUUAACAUUGUGGUUAAUCACAGACUCUUCCAACUCCCGAACGGUGGACAGUCGAACAAUCUUGGACAGCCGAACGCUGAGCGGUGUUCGUCCACAAACUCAUGGAACUGAUUUUGGAGACUGCUUCCCACGAACACCACUGAAAUCACGACCCUUCUUCAUUCUGUUCAAGGUUCAUACGAAUGCCGCGCAGUGCGGUAAAGUGACAAUGCACAAACAGAACUGUACCAGGUAGCAAACCCAUGGAGUUCAUUUGCUUAGUCGAGCGCACGAUGUACCAGACUUUAACUCCAUGGUGAUUGUAUGGGAUCUGAGCACUGUUUGGUUAUAUUGAGCGUUAAGAUCUAAGUUAUCUGGGGAUACGUUAAAUGUGUGAGUUCCGUUCGGUAUAUUUGGAAAUAUGUAUUUUUAUGUGUUUUUACCAGUAUUGUAACAUGGAGGAUAUUCUUCAUAUUACUUCAAGCACUUAACCCAAUUAUCUCCAGGAUAGAGAGGAGGAGCUAUACUGUUCAUGUGGCAGUGUUUUAUACUGUAAAUGUAGCUGAUUGGCUAAUGCACAAAACUGUCUCAGUCUUCCACAAGGUCCCUAUGGGAAUGUCCCUUGCUGGAAGACCUGCAUAAAAGGCUGACAUGUAGCCCCCAUUAAACAGAUCCUGCUUGACCUUCAAUACAGAGCCUCGUCUUAUACUUGGGGGGAUAAUUUGUAUGUUUCCUGUUCGGCGCUUAGGAGUGUUCGGUAGCUGACUUCACGUUCAGGAAAAGGAACAGCUUUGACAGCAUUAACCCCUUCCCUACUCAGGGUGCCCUUAUAUACAUAUAAUCCAGAAAAUAUAACCCUCUAUAAAAUUUCUAAUAGGAAUAGCUAGGAUAUAGUUAAAUGAAACAUUCAGUUUCCAUACUUUUGACCACCUUUUAAUGUACGCGAUGUGCAUGCAUUAUCACUCUGGUUGGGAGAUAUAAUCACCAGUAAGUUCCAUAGGUUGCCAAAAAUGAAUAUUGGUCAGAGCAUCUCAUAAAACCAAUUAAAUAUAAAGGAAAAAAACAGGAGAGACAAAAAAGUAAACACCAAAUAUAAGUUCCCAACCAACCAUCCAUCUCAAGGCAGAUCCCCAGAAGAGAGGACAGAUGGAAGGGGGAGGCACAGAAAAAAAAAACUAUUGAUAAUUAAGUUAUUACUCCAAAUUAUUGGAAUCUAACCUUUGCUGGAGUGAGGGAGGGUCCUUAAAGAAUUCAGAUCUCUUUAUUUUAAAAUCUUAAUCCUGUUGGGAAGGACCAUAUGUAGCUUAUCUCAUUGUUUCUCAAUGUCAUGGUUUGGUCAUGAAAAGCCUUCCAUGAGUUCCUGGUCCCAACAAAUAAGUCAUCGAAUAUUUUAGUUAUUUGUAUUUAGAGCCUGUCACGGAUUUCUGUCUCCAAAAGCAGACUUAAAUUUUAGUGUAGACAAGCUAUAACCUCUCUUGAUACUUGAGCCGGGAGUGAUGUAGGUUUAUGUAUCCUAUAAAUUAUUUUCAAUUAGAUUAUCCUUAUUGUCCCAUUUGAGACCUAGAAAUAUAACAAGAUCUUCCACAUAAUUCUCCAAAUUCUCAGUGGUAUUUCAGGGAUCCCUCUUAUUCCUAUAUUACGUCGGACUCUGUCUUCAUAUUCUGCUUGCUUAGUUUCUAUAUAUCCCAGCUUCCAUUCUUGUUGUGAAUUAAAUUGGGAUAUUGAGUUUUCAACUUCUCUUCCAAACAUUAAAUUUUAGUCGUCAUGUUCGUCAGUUCUCCUUUAAAAUCAUCUGUUCUAGUUUGGAUCUCCUCCUUAACUUUGGAUAGUUGGAUAUCAAAGCAGGCAUUCAGAUGCUCUUGGUCCAAAAAUGUGAGUUCUUUUAACAUGCUUGACAUGAUUCCCUUUUAUUCCAGAAGUUUGGUCCUUAAGGGGUUAAAGUAACCUCUAGGGCCUCUUUACCGAUGUUAAUACUGUGUCACUUUGUUCAUUACUGUGGCUUUGUAUUGCAUGUUGGCUCAAUCUUCUGUUUUUGUCUUGCAAGGGAGAUAGGAAGUUUGAAAGGCGUUUAUCAGCUUUUGGAUCAAUUUUCCUUUGGAUUUCUUUUUUUGCUCCUUGUUUGAGGUCAUCUUUUUUUUGGUUGCCAUUGCAAUUGGUUAGCUUGGAAAGCUUAGUAAAAGUGAGAGAAGGCAAAAUAUCUGGAUAGCCAGGCCUCUGAGUAUACAAGGAAACGGCAGCUUCACAUAAGCAGUGCACAGUAUAGAGCUGGAUCUGUCUUGAAAAAUAAAAAAUAAAUCACUCUUAAACUUGACUAAGAUUAAUUUUGUAGAAGAUGAGGCCUGUCACUUAGUAAGUAUAACUUGUAGGUGUAAAUGAUGGCGAUCAAGCUAGCAUUCUCUCCUCAAUAGCUUAGGCUAGACAGGUGUAUAGGUUUGUGUGAUAGACAGUUAUGAUAGAUUUGUUAUGUAGCUUUAAUUAUAUUUGUAGCGGAGAGCUAGUAUUGCAUAGCCUAUCUCCACUUUAGAUCCCAGUAAGGCUCAGGAACAAGUAGUUAUAAAUCCACAGAGUAAUAAUUCCAGCAGGCAAAAAGUCUCCAACAAUAUCCCAAACUCAAUCCCAAUGACUGGACGACACACAGCAUCAGUAGCAGAACUAAAGAUUUAUUCACAGCAGCUCCUUAUAAAGGAUUCUCCCAUGCAAGGGAGGGAUUUACAGUAAUUAAGACAGUAGCCAAUAAUACAGAGGUUCCCUCCCCUACUUUCCCUCCCUUCAGUGUGACACUUAAUCCACUUAAUCCUGGUACCUUUCCCCUGUUUCUUGGAUGUACCCCAAAACCAUGGGGUACCAGGACUUAAGUGGAAUCCCCUGAUAGCCCUGGUCUGGGUGACCAACAUACUCGAAAUUCACCCAGAUCAGACCACGGGUUCGGGAGUUAUAGGUAAUAAACGAUUUGACCGACCGCACACGACUAUGUAGCCGAAAGGAGUUCCAUGUAUUUUGGCCCUGCGGUCGGUCUGCGUUCAGGAGGUAAAACAGGUAGAAAUCCUUGCCAUCCAUAUAUAAUACCGGGUUCGCACGAACUCCCUUGUUCGGUAUAUUGAACUCACCGAACAAGGAGUCGAUUAGCCCUUCCGUUCGUGAGUUCUGGAGGUCUCAGCGGUGUUCGCACAAUUGAGUGUCCGAUUUGGGUUCCAGACACUCGCCGACCAAACACCGCUGAGAGUUCGUGCAUAAGAUGGCCGCCGCCUCGUGUUUGUCUACCGAAUGGCGGCCACCCAGAUGCAGCAAUAAAACAUCAAGUAACUGCGGUUAGAAAGGGAAUAAGGGUUUAACUAGGGACACACUUCUUCUCUGAGGUGGUCUAUGCAAUCGGUAGUUUCCAUUCGUAUAAACUAUGAAGGAAACUACCGAACUAACAUACGAACAUAUAUGCAGUUUAAACAUGCGAACAGUCUUUAAAAUAUAAUUCUGGCGGACAGUCACAGGCCAUCUGCUACAAUAUUGAUAUGCUCCCAGUACUCCCAAGUGCUCCUGGUAUGCUCAACAAGGAGAGAGGGGAAAAAGACUCCCAAUAUGCUCAGCCAAACAAAAAAAACACUGAAAAAAUGAUGUUAACCAGAAAAUCAGGUACCUAAAAUCAGCCAAUUAUGAUGAGCAAUUGCUCACAUGCUGGGACUCAGCUGUAAUUGAAAUUAGUUGAGGAAGUCUCAAUAUAUUAUUACUUCGCCAAUAUAAUGUAAAAUUUUGUUAAACAUCAACAACCAGGCUAGAUUUAUAACUUAGCUUGCUCUGGCUCCAAAUGCUUCGGUUGUAGCAGAAACUCCCAGCUCUCAGCAGUGGUCUCAGUGGUGUAUCAGACUGACCCCCCCUGGGGCAGGCAGCGGGCACGGACUCCUUGACCUCUGUCCAGUUUUCUUCAGCUCAAAUUUGGACUCUCUCUCCAGACAGUUACUUCUUCAUCAGCAAGCAUGUAACAGCACCCGCAUGCUCUCUUCUGAUGGCCCCUUACAAACGCUGUCCUCCCUGCAUCACCAAGCGGACAUGCACGAUGUGGUAGCAUGUGUAGCACGCUGUCCUCCCUGCAUCACCAGCGGACAUGCAUGGUGUGGUAGCGUGUGUAUCAUGCCAUCACAGGCAGCCUGAUAUACACUAUUCUCUGUUUCUAUCUCUGUUUGUCUGAUAUACACUAUUCACGGUUUCUGUGUUUGGCUGAUAUACACUAUUCUCUGUUUCUGUCUGUGUUUGGUUUUAGAUUCACAUUUUUGUCUGUUUUGUUUAUUUCACUAGGAUCAGCCAGGGAAAACCAUUGUUACCAUUUAUGCUAAAGCCAAUCACCCAGAAGUUAUCGGAGAGAAGAUCACAUUGGGCCAUCACUAUGAAGAAAUUCCAAGCACAUCUCUGGUAAAGGUCAAUAUUAAUCAGACAAAAACAGCAAUAUAUUAUUAA